AUGAGUAAUGAGGCAGAAGAGCAGUAAGCAGAGUCUGAGGCGACUCUACUGUUUUUCCUAACUCUAGGGUGGCGGGAGGGGAGAAGAGCGGCAAACAGAGCCUGAGGCGACUCUCUAUUUUCCUAACUCUAGGGUGGCGGGAGAGCGGGGAGAAGGCUUUUUGAGCACGCGCGUUUGUGCGCUUGCCUCUCAUUUACUUAUCUACCACUGUGGGCGGAGCCAGGGAGGCGGGGCCAAGAGUCUAGAAAAAGGAGGCUCGGAUGCCGGCUCGGUCUCUUCGCUGGAGUGAGAGGCUUCCGUCGCGUGGUGGGCGGGGUCAGUGCCUGGCGGAACAGCUUGAGCGAGCGGAGAGAACGAGAGAGCGAGAGCUGGAGGCAGCAAGGUUGUCCGCGCCUACGGGCCGGCUGUGGCAGCCACCUUGCCUCACGGGCACCUGUCCGGAGCAGGAGGUGAGUGAGGCGAGGGGCUGGCGGUGUGUGGGAGGCUUAUGAGGGGCUGCGGCGAAGGUGUGGGGAGGAGGGCAAGGAGUAAUACAGCAACUCAACAGUUGCUUAUGGUUGCGGGGCUGGCACGGCUAUUCCCCGCUUCAGGUACCCCCCGCAGCAUCUCUGUCCCUCCAGUUCUGCAUGUUAGAAAGUGCCUUUGCUGCACCCCUUUCCCCCCCACUGUCAAGGGAGAGUCCCCGUGAAAUGUGCGUGUAAUUCGCAUGUUACACUUAGGGUCGGUUCCGGGGGCUUCCUCGCGUUUCCGCGAAGUCUCUAAAAGACGGGAAUUCUUGGAGUCGCUGCCGCUGCGCAGACGGCAAAGUCGAGGGCUGCCCCCGGCUUUGGAAGAAGACGCGGUGGGUUCCCGGAGUUACUUGUGUAGCUGUAUGUAGCCCCUCUUUCCUUAUACGUGAAGUAACUUUAGCCCCUGAAGAGAUGCGCAUUAUAUAUUUGUAGCGUUGUUCUUUGUAGCAAUUUGUAGCAAUUCUAUGUCAACGGUACAGUUUAGUACAGUCUAAUGGUCUUUAAAUAACAUUUUUUAAAAGUUAGAUAUUGUUUUGGUUUGCAAAAGUACAUGCAUUGUCUCUUUUUCAGGUUGUAGGCUUUUUUACAUUUGAAGUGAGACAUUAAUGUUGUAUGCAGAAUAAAGUUGGGGAAGAAGAGGGGGGAGAGGGGGUGGGUUGGGGUGGUAAUGCUUGGUCUUUGUGUGUGGUUUUUAUGUCAGCGUCGCUUGGGUCGUUUCCCUUUCUAUCCAUUUAAUUUCCGUGGUACUGAGAGAGGUGGAGGGCAGGCAUGGCUGGUUGUCUUUAGCGGGCUGCAGUGAGAUUUGUUUGCCUGCGGGCAUGGAGGGGAAUUGUUGGGUUGUUAGCCAUAUUGAUUCAUAUGUUGUUGGUGGGUUCUUGUUGUUUUGUUGGGUACUGCCUGAGAAUGUUGAGCUGUUGACUUCUUAGGUAAGCCUAUGCUGAAUCUCUCAACAGAACCAUCUGGCAGUGGGUGCCUCCCCAUAUACAUGGGUAGUGGGGUAUCUAGUCACACAGAUAUUAUCACUGCCUGCUUUGUAAGACAGCAGAAAUAUUGUCAAGGCCAUGGGAGGAUUAACACAAGGAACAGGUAAUUAAUGUGUUCCAAGAAUGGGGAUGGGGUGAGACAAGAGUUCUGUCCUUGCAGAAAAUCCACAGAAAAAUACAGCUGUAGUGUGUCCAAGUGCUGCACCUUUGCUGACAGGAUCUGACCAUUUUGCCAUCCAGAGGGGAUUCUCAGGCUAUUGAAAGAGUUUAUCUGCUUUCCUUUGCUCUUUACCUUCCUCAUUCUCUGAAUAAAAUCCAUUUAAGAAACAAGCUUGGUGUCCUUUUUUGCUUACUUGAAUCAAGAAAACCUUGGCCAGUUUGCCAGUACAGUAGCACUGUGGCAGAGCAACUGCUUUGCAUUCAGAAGGUCCCGGGUUCAAUCCUCAGCAUCCCCAGGUAAAGCUGGGGAAGUGCCCUGUCUGAAACCCUGGUGUGUUGCUGCUGAUGGACCAAUAGUCUUGUCAUGGUAUGUGGCAGGUUUCUAUGCUCCUAUGCUGAUGUGUUCAGCAAAAGUUGAGUUUAUCUAUCAAUUAUAACUUCAUAAUGAUUUAUAAAGUGCCUAAAAUCUAAACAUUGGAUGAUGAUUAAAAUAGGGUUACCAGAUGUCCCCUGUUUCUGGGGACAGUCCCCGGAUUUUCAAAUCUGUCCCCAGACAAAUUCUGUCCCCGGAAUGUCCCCAGAUUUGCAAAUCUGUCCCCGGAAAACGUGGCAGCAGCAGCCUCAGCAGCCUGAAGCCAGCCUGGUAGCGCAGUUGGCUCUGGCUGGCUUCAGGAGCUGCCCGCUGCCCACUACCAUGGUGCCCACCAUUUUUCCCCGCUGGAAGUUCCCAUAUGAUGUGUAUUGUGCACAACACAUCAUAUGGGGACUUCCGGAGAGCAAAAUGGUGGGCGCCAUGGCAGUGGGCAGCAAGCAGCUCCUGAAGCCAACCAGAGCCAACUGCACUACCAGACUGGCUCUGGGCUGCUGAGGCUGCCGCCGCCACUGCCGAAGGGGAACCAGGGACGUCCGGUGGUACAGGUCCCCUGCCCCCUUUGUUUUGACAGAUCGGGGGAGUCACGGGCAGCUGACCAUUGCCCAGUUUUUUUAAAAAAACUGCAAAUUUAUGUUUCACAGGGUGCGAAAGAAGGGCUUUGCACCUUGCCUGGCAGGGAAACCAUGUGUCUUGUGCCCCUCCUGGGCAACAGCUGCCCGCCCAUGACUCCUGAGCCUCCCCCAAACAAAGGGGGAAAGGGGCAGGAGAUCAAGGAAGGCUCGGGAGUCAUGGGUGGAUGGCGCGCUGUUGCCCAGUUUUUUUUUAAAAAACUGCGCAUUUAUGUUUCACAGGGUGCGAAAGAAAGGCUUUGCUCCUUUAUACAAUAUGCAUGUGUGCUUGGGCCCAGGGUCUUUUGCCUCACCAUCCCCAGUACUGACUCCCUGUUGCUACUCAGCUUCAAAAAAAUGUCCCCGGAUUCACUGAAAAAAAUCUGGUAACCAUAGAUUAAAAAGAACGAACCAUGCCCAUACAAUUAGUCUUAAAAAAUACCUACCCAUAAGGAAGAUUAAGGAAGUCAAAAGGAGAUGCAGAUACAGAGUUAUGGCUUGGGGUAAGAAUUCUGUUGUUUAAAUAAUGGCAAUGCAUGAAAGGUGUAGUUGUAGUGUCCCUGCACCUAGGCUGUGGAAUUCCCUGAUAAUAUUCAGGAUGCACCAUCAGCACUUUGUUUCAAAUGCCUGCAUUGAACAUAGCCAAAUUCAUAAUUUUAUCACUCAGUUCCUUUGUUACGGCAUAUCACUGUACAGGUGCUUGCUUUUAUGCUGUUUUACAGAUGUGACUGCCACCUUGUUGAUUUGUGCAGUAUGCCUGUAAAAUAAAUGUAUUGGGAGGUAGCAGGUUACAAAGAACAGGAAAGAAGUGAGUCAGGGACAGUAGUAUUAGGAAGUAAUCUGUGAGUAAGCAAAGAAAAAAAUGAAUUUGGCAGAGUGAAAGCAAAUGGGAAGAAACCAAAGUAACAAAUUUGGCUCAUCUGCUUUAAUGUGUAUUUGGGGUAGACAUUUAUAUUUUAUUGUGGGGAAAUUUUAAUUGCCUUAAAGCAAGAUUAUCCAAAGGGACGCGGGUGGCGCUGUGGGUAAAACUUCAGUGCUUAGGACUUGCUGAUCAUAAGGUCGGCGGUUCGAAUCCCCGCGGCGGGGUGAGCUCCCGUCGUUCGGUCCCAGCUCCUGCCCACCCAGCAGUUCGAAAGCACCCCUAAGUGCAAGUAGAUAAAUAGGUACCGCUUUCUAGCGGAAAGGUAAACGGCAUUUCCGUGUGCUGCGCUGGUGCUGGCUCGCUAGCUGCAGCUUCGUCACGCUGGCCACGUGACCCGGAAGUGUCUUUGGACGGCUCCGGCUCCCGGCCUCUUAAGCGAGAUGAGCGCGCCACCCUAGAGUCGGACACGACUGGCCCGUACGGGCAGGGGUACCUUUACCUUUAAGAUUAUCCAAGAAUCAGUGAACAGUUUGUGUAUUAAGGUUCCAUAACUAAAGCUGAAGUUUGGGCACCCCUUCACUUGUGAUCUUGUGCAGUUGAUUUAUCACUCCAAAUUUAUAAACUGCUUCUCCUCCCCAAAAGGAAGCUUUGGAGCUAAAACAUUAACCAAACUACUGGGCAUAAUAGCAGUUAAUAUUCAUUGUAAAACUUUCUUAAAUUGCAUUGCGAAGGCCUUGGCAAAUAUUAAUAUGUUAAUAUUCCUCCUGAGCGCAAACUAGGGUGUGAGACUGCCUGGUUUGUCCUGGGAGCACAAUAGGUUGCCAGCACAGAGUUGUGCAUUUCUUUUCAAGUGUUGGCAGAUUCCUUGCUCAUUUUGGCCCUGGAUGGGGGUUUUUUUGGGGGGGGUGCGCAUAAUGGUCAUGACUGAAUGAAUACCAUCAAAUCAAUUUACAUCUUAAUGUUUGGCAAAAUAAACAGCUGAUGUACCAGUCUUAAGCACCUUUAGUUCAGGGCUACCGUGAUGGUCACCAGAGUGCUUAUCUCUUCCCUGUUUCUGAAAACCAGCAACAACUCUGGCGCAAGGAGCCAUCUAUUUUUGGCAAAUAUUUAUGCUUUAACACAACCUAUGUUGUGCUGCCUUGUCAGACAGGAAGCUGGGAGAUAGAUGUAUGUGGGGAGUGUGUGUUGGUAAAAGUUACAUUGACACAAUAAGUCAUUCGGUCACAAAAUAUUGAUAGUUAUUGUAUGUACAGAUGUGAACCUGUAUAGUGGAGCUUCCCCCUGAGGUAACUGAGGAGGGGCUGUAGCUCAGUGAUGGAGCUGCACCCACUUUGCAUGCAGACAGUACAAGGUUCAGUCCCCAGCAUCUACAAGUAGGGCUUGGAAUUGCCCCCUGUUGGGCUGAUUUGGCAAGCUCAUUUAAGUUCUUAUGCCAGGCUUGGUAUAAGGCAACUUUCUGUGUUACUGAACUUGGCUCAGGUCAUUUCUGUGUUCAUGUUUUUAAAUAAUUAAAACAAUAAUUUCUCUUAUUUUUGUGUUUAUCUGCAGAAUGGAGACAUGCUGUUGGUGCACCCCUAUUGAUUCGGUUAUCACCACCUUAAAGAACUAUGCCUCUUCUUUACUGCCUCCAGAAAAAUUUGCUGCAGCCAACGAAGACCUUUGUUACUGUUUGGAGUGUGUGGAUGAGUAUCAUAAAGUGAAGGAUGAGUUGUCAUACUUACAUGAGGUAAUUUGCUUUCAUUUAUAGACCACCAUAUCCUGGCUGUGUUGGGGUUAACAGAUGACAGAGACAGUCAAAGCAGAUUUAGGUAGGCAGAAGACCAGUAGUUAUUGGUUUAGAGAUGGGGAGCACAAUUCACCUGGUGGGAGAGAUGGGGGGUGAUGUUGUCAGGUGACUCAUUUUCCCCUGCCCUAUGUGAUGAGCAGCACUUUAAAGCCCCAACAACAAAAUGUUGGGGCUGCCAAACAAAUCUCUAUCUAUCUUCCAAAUGCUGAACACUGCUUUCAGCUCUAAGUUAGUCACUCAUGCCCAUUAAUUUAACGGGGACCAGCUCAGAUCGAAUACAAUCCACUGUAGGGGUUUUGAAGUUGAAUUCACAAGGUGGCUGCAGCAACUAUGAAAGUAAAUUAUCUGCAGUUGAUUUACUUUGGAACUGAGUCUUUCUUUGUGUAAAAUAAAAAAGUGGUCUGCAAAUCCUUUUCUUUGCCUUGUUGCUCUGUCUCUAUGUCCUUAAAAAUAAAGUCCUUUGUUCCUCUAGUUCUGAAAACAAAUUUCAGAUUAACUGUUGCUGUUUAGACUUUCAAGUGGUGUUCACUGCUUGUUUUGUCUCUUUCCUUUGGUGUAAAUCAAAAUCUGAAUUGCACAGAGAAUGAUCUAACAAAGUCUAUACAAGUGUUUUUACCAGCUGCAGACUUUGGAGGGUACACCCCCCACCCAGAUUUUUUCUUACCUCUGUCGUGUCCUUCUGUUUUAUACUUUUGAAUGCUUAUCCUGUUGUAAUUAAACUCUAGUUCCCAUUUAUGGUAUAUACGGAAGACAGCCCUGGGUCUUUUGACCCUUUAAUUAGUUCUCUUUUCUCUCCUAUAAAAACUAUGCAAGAGGCUUUCUUUUAAAGUUUAAAUAACAAAUAAUUUUUACUUUAGUGUACUUGCCGUUGCAGAUUAAAAUAUACAAUGCAGGUGGAUGUUUCUUAAAUUGCUGAUACGGCUUACAUAGGUUACACUGCCACAGACUAACUAAUCAAGGCAGACAGUAGCACAACAUAACAUACCUGAUGCUGUAACAGUUAAGAUUGUUCUACUAACUGUCAUGGAGUUCUACAGCUCUUGCAAUUAACCCUUUACAUAUGCAUUUUGGAUGCUAACAUCCCACAUAUUGAACCCUUAGGAAGAGUUUUUGUUCAUUACAUUCUGACAUGUCACUCUUUUUUGCUCUUCUUUUUUGAAUAACUUUUUACUAGGCUUUGGAAUAAUGAUGCAUAUAAAUAGACAAAGUCAUCACAUGUCACUUGUUUAUCACAAAAAUACCAUAAUGUGCAGUAAUAUCUACAACAUAUGAUUCAUCAUUAGUGGUCAGUGUAUAGUUUCUUGGUUCGUGAAUUGGUUAAAACAAAAACAAAGGGGAAACAGUACAGAGUAGAGUUAAAAAAUAAUUAACAUUGUAUUGCCAAACAUCCAAUCAGGAGCCCUUGCAGUUGUGCUUAGAUCACCGUAUUUUUCGCUCCAUAAGACGCUCCUGACCAUAAGACGUACCUAGUUUUUAGAGGGGAAAAGCAAGGAAAAAAUAUUCUGCGCAGAGCAUAUAAGCGGCUCUCGCUUUUCUUGCUUUAAACCCUUCCGUCCCUCCUCCCUCUUCGCUGAUAAGCCAGAGAGCAAGCUGCGCAGCUCUCGCUGAAGCCAGCAGAGCAAGAGCGAUAGCUGCGCAGGCCCUCUUGUUCUGCUAGCUUCCCAGCAAAGCGGGAGGAGGGACGAAAGGGAGCCCUUACAAAGGAGCGUUGAGCAGAGCCUGGCAGCGGCUCUUGCUAGCUUUUCUAGGAGGUAUGGGAAGGGACAGAGGGCAGCCCGUCAGUCCCUUCUCCCUCCUCGGGGAAAAGCCCCCAAAAGCUGUACACACGCUCUGUGCGGCUCUUUAAAGGGAGCGCUGAGCAGAGCCUCCUGCCUGCAUUCACUCCAUAAGACGCACACACAUUUCCCCUUACUUUUUAGGAGGGAAAAGUGUGUCUUAUGGAGCGAAAAAUACAGUAAGUAUCAUGCUACUUUUACAUUAUCAAUGAAACAAUAAAAAGUUUUGGUGUACAGUGGUACCUCGGGAUGCGAACGGGAUCCGUUCUGGAGCCCCGUUCGCAUCCUGAACAGAGCAUAAGACGUGACAGCGCGUCUGCGUGGGUCACGUUUUGCCGCUUUUGCGCAUACGUGUGAUGUCAUUUUGAGCGUCUGCGCAUGCAUGAGUGGCGAAACCCAGAAGUAACGCGCUCUGUUACUUCCGGGUCGCUGCGGAGCGCAACCAGAAAGCGCUCAACCUGAAGCACAUUCAAUCCAAGGUAUGACUGUAUUGACGAAUUUGGGAGGGGGAGUUCAAAGUGAAGAUGAUUACCGUAUUUUUCGCCCUGUAGGAUGCACUUUUUCCCCUCCAAAAAUGAAGGGGAAAUGUGUGUGCGUCCUAUGGGGCGAAUGCAGGCUUUCGCUGAAGCCGACCCCUCUCGCUCUCCAGGCUUCAGGAAGCUAUCCGCAAGCCUCGCGCGCCCGGCGGGAGGUCCCGCUGGGCGCGCAAGGCUUGCAGGCAGCAGCCUGCAUCCCGAAGCAUGGGGCGAGCUGUGGAGCCCGCCCCGUGCUUCGGGCAGAUGUCGGCAAGCCUUGUAUGCCGGGCUCGCAAGGCUUGCAGGCAGCAGCCUGUUCUGGGGGCUGGGGUCAGGGGAAGCUCGGGCUUCCCUCGCGCCAGCCCCGCGCCUGGGGGGGAAAUAAUUUUUUUUUCUUUAUUCCCCCCCCCCCAAAAAAAACUAGGUGCGUCCUAUGGGGCAAAAAAUAUGGUACAUUUAAAUUUAAAUUGUAAGUGUACUUAUUUAGUCUGUAUUUCUUGGUCUGACAGUGGUAUACAGUCAUACCUCAUAUUAUGUUUGCUUCAUGAUACGUUUUUUCAGGUUGCGUCCCGCAGUGAACCAGAAGUACUGGAGAGGGUUACUUCCAGGUUUCGCCACUCGCGCAUGCGCAGACGUGCAAAAUGACGUCACGCACAUGUGCAGAAGCGGCGAAUCGCAACCCUCACGUGCGCAGACAUGCACGUGCGGGUUGCAUUCUAUUCAUGUUGUGAACGGGCCUCCAGAACGGAUCCCGUUCCCAACUAGAGGUACCACUGUAUUUCUGUUACAAAAGUCACAUAACUGGUAUAGACCUUCUGCUCUCUAUCUGGCCACAUAAAAUUGUCAAGAAGUGUUGUGAAAUUAUGGGUGGGAGGCGAGGGCUGCCAGAGGGGACAGUGCAGGAGUUAGGAGUCCUGCCUUCUCUUUCCAUGCAUUAAGAAUGGUUUGUGUGGAUCACAUUUGGAAUGUUCUGAACGUUUGCUUUAAAGGGUACGCUGAGGUUAGAAUUUCCUCAGUUACUUCUGUUUUCAAUUGAAUAGGGUUGCCAUAUAUCAAGAGGUAAGAAUCGAGACAAAAUAAGUUGUUUUUUUGGCGACCAUCUGUCCCGUCCCGGCCAUCAGCCGCCGCCAGAGCCCCAACUGCCCACGCCAGAGCCCAAACCAGAGCCUAAGCUGCCCGCUCCAGAGCCCGAACCAGAAACAGCCCAGGUUGUCUGUGCCAGACCCCAGAGCACAAGCCAGAGCCCAGGCUGCCACAGCCAGAGCCUGAAACUGAGCUCAGACCAUCUGCACCAGAGCCUGAGCACAAACCAGAGUCCAGACCAACCACGCCAGAGCCCAAACAUAAACCCAAGCCUCCGUGCACAAAAAAGUAAAUACAAUAAAAUAAAACCAACCCCCCCGCAAAACCUGGACAAUUGCUGUAACUUGUAAAAAUUUCCCUUGAUGGGGAUGUAGGCCCCCCAAAAGAGGACAUAUAUAGGAUUUCCUGGACAUAUGGCAACCCUACAAUUGAUGCCAUUGUUUUGAGGUAUCAUCUAAAAUAAAAGGGAUGGCAUGUUUUACAUGGUUAGCAAUAAAAUAUAGUAUCAAGUUUGGGGUGCCCCUGCCUCCUCCUACUGGGAGUUUGGCAUUUAUUCUGGUUUGGUGUGUUUUUUUGCACUUUUGUUGAGUGAGAUCCAAGUGGGUUAGUGAUUGGAAUAAAAAUGGCAGUUUUGGUAGAAUCACCAUUUUUACCAUUGCUAAUUUGUCUAGGAUAAAAUGGGGUUUAUUCUAUUGUGUGUGUUUUUGUCAAAUUCUGAAUUGUCCACAGAUAUCCACAGGAGAAUAUUUUGUCGAUAGAGUCUGUUAAGGUUUCUUGUUAUAAUUAUUCCUAAAUAGCUAAGCUUUCUGUGAGAGAGUCUAUCUAAUGCCUGUGAGUUUUGUGAAAGCUUUUUGGUUGGGUGGUACACUGAAGCAUAAAUCUUCAGAUUUUGAGAAUAUAACAUGCAGACCUGAUUGUGUUGCAAAGCUGUGAAGCUUUCAAAAUAUUGCUGCUCCUGUCUUCAAGGUCAGGUGUCAUUAUCAUUAAAUCAUCAGCAAAUAGUCCAGUCGUAUAGUUUUGUUUUCCAAUUAGGACUUCCUUGACAUCUGGGGUUGUUCUAAGUAUAUAGCUAAUGGUUCUAAAGCUAGGAUGAACAAAAAAGGGAGAGAUUGGACAGCCUUGCAUUGUUCUUUGAAUCCCCACUAAGGAUGAAUUUAUAUUAUUUAUUUCUACUGUAGUGGAAGCUUCAGAGUAUAUUUGUUUCAAAAUUUGUAUGAAUUUGGGGCCAAAUUGCAUUUUAGAAAGGACUGCCUGCAAGUAGUCGCAUUUCAGACAUUCAAAGGCCUUGAGGAUGUCUAACGCCAUGACUACCAGUGGGAAGGUUGUCUGUCUACUAUGUUGACAGCUUUUUGAUAGGUCCGGUGAUGUUUCAAUGAAGGAGAAAACCAGCUUGGUCUCGGGCUUAGUCUGGGGCUAUUAGUUUGUGUAACAAUGUCUUAAUCCUGUUGACUUCCACUCAUGUAAAAAUUUCAUAAUCAGACAAAUUGGCUAAAAAGAUUCUACUUUUUGGUGGUCUUUAAAUGGUUUUGGGAUAGCUAUAAUCUUGGUGUGGUACCAUAUUUUGGUGAUAGGUGCUCCUCUCAUUAGGUCACUAAAUAAGAGGACCAUAUAUGAUGAUAAUGUUUCUUUGAAUUGUUUAUAAAGCUCAAAAGCUUAGAAGUGAAGCCACCAGGUCCUGGGGCUUUAUGUGGUUUCAGUUUUUUAAGAACAUUGUCAAUUUCUUCUAGGGAGAUGUGGCUAUCUAAAAAAGGUUUUCUCAUGAGUUAGUGAGGGUAUAGGUAAGUUUUCUAAUAAUUGUGGAUAUCUUUUGAGGGGGGAUUAUGAGGUAUAUAAUUUAGUAUAAGAGGAGGGGGUAGAUGCCUUUAAAAGAGAUUGUUUUAGUGCCUUUUUUAAUACUGUGUACUCCUGACAGAAUUUAUUUCUUUUUAAGUCUGUUCGCUGAAAGUCUAGUCUUCCCUCCAUAUUCAUAAAAGUAUUGUUUCAUGUAUAAGAGGUUGACCAGUGUACUACUAUUUCCAGUGAGCUUAUUUCUCAUCUCUCUUGUUAAAUUACUCUGAGGUAGUGUUUUGACUAUGAUUCCAGAGGGUGGCAGCAUGAUUCUAUCUUUUGAGGCAUUAGCUACCCCUCCCAGUUUGGUGUCACCUGCAAAUUGAAUAAGCAUGCCCUCAAUUCAAGCCAUUUAUAAAUAUAUUGAGCAACUGUCCCAGGACAGAACCCCUCGGCACCCCACUUGUCACUUUUUUCCAGGAAGAGAAGGAACCUUGAGUAAGCACUCUUUGGAUUUGGUCAAUUAAUCAGCUACAAAUCCACCUACCAGUUACCCCAUCUACCCCAUAUUACCCCAUAUUUUACUAGCUUCUCCACAAGAAUAUUAUGUGACACUUUGUCAAAAGCCUUACAGAAAGCAAGAUACACUACAUCGAGAGCAUUCUAUUGAUCCUCCAAGCUUGUACCUCUAUUAAAAUAAGAAAGAGAUUCGUCUGGCAUGACUUGUUCUUAAGAAACUAACGCUGGUCUUGGUAAUCACAGCAUUCUUUUUUAACUGUUCACAGACUGGCUGUUUAAUUAUCUGUUCAAAGGCCUUUCUUGGAAUCAAUGUCAAGCUGUCUGGUUGGUAGUUACUGACUGGUCAGUAUUUUUUUCCCUUUUUGAAGAUGGUGACAGUAUUUGCCCUCCACCGUGGGUGCAGCUCAUUGGGUCCUGGGAGUCUGAAUUCAUUUAAAGUAGCUAGGUGUUCUUUUACCACCUCUUUUCCUAUCUGGGGCUUCAGCUCUCUUCUUGCAUUCCCCCCCCCUUUUUUUAUGCCAUGCAUAAUUUUAUAUACUUCUGCCAUCUUUUCUCUAAACUAAAAGUCCCAAAUUUUGCAUCCUUUCUUCAUAAGGGAAUUGCUCCAUCACCUUGAUCACUUUAGUUGUCAUUGUCUGAGCAUUUUCCAACUCCGCAGUAUGAGAAUUUGAGCUGAGACAACCAGAACUGUGCACAGUAUCCCAAAUGUGGUUGCACUGUAGAUUUGUUUUUAUGUGCUUGGAUUUUUCUUUCUCAUGUAAUGGACGAUUUCCAGAGAGGUUGCCAUGUUAAUUUAUUGCAGCCUAAACAACAAAUUCAAGGGACGUGGGUGGCGCUGUGGGUAAAACCUCAGUGCCUAGGACUUGCUGAGCAUAAGGUCGGCGGUUCAAAUCCCCGCGGCGGGGUGAGCUCCCGUCUUUCAGUCCCAGCUCCUGCCCACCUAGCAGUUCGGAAGCACCCCUAAGUGCAAGUAGAUAAAUAGGUACCGCUUUCUAGCGGGAAGGUAAACGGCGUUUCCGUGUGCUGCGCUGGUGCUGGUUUGCCAGCUGCAGCUUCGUCACGCUGGCCACGUGACCCGGAAGUGUCUUUGGACUGUGCCGGCUCCUGGCCUCUUAAGCGAGAUGAGCGCGCCACCCUAGAGUCGGACACGACUGGCCCGUACGGGCAGGGGUACCUUUACCUUUUUUAAACAACAAAUUUCUUGGUCUUUAGGUGCCAUAAGGCAUUGAGGGUUAUUGAUGCAGUUUUUGUAUUUCUUGUAUCUGCCAGCAUUUAGCAUUUCUGUUGUAUUGCUUCCUUUUCUGCGUGACUUAAAACUUACACAUCCUUUCAGCAUUACUUAGCCUUGUCAGUGGCCCCGACUUAUAAAAUGACCUGUUAUCUUUUGCCCUGACCUUCCAGAAACAGGGCCAUAUAAUCUUUUCUGAAAACUGGCACAGCACAAUGGAGAAAUAUAAACAGUCAUUGAUAAUUCAAGUGUGGCUGAGAACUAAAAAUGGCCAAGGAUAUGUUUUGGCUGGCUCCUGAAUACAAUCAAUGUACAACACUAUUUGCUAAUCCUGAGAGUUCCAUCCUGCUUUGACUCUCCAUUUGCAACAUUUCUGUGCUCCCAUAACUUUUAAAUCUAUUUUCUUAAUUAAAAAAUCUCCCCUGCAGCUACCAAUUGGAUCACUGGUCUCUGUAGCUCAGUAUUGUGUACACCAACCAGCAGCUGCUCUCCAGGGUUUUAGACAGGGAGUUUCUCCCAGCCCUGCCUGGAGAUGCCACUGGGGACUGAACCUGGAACCUUCUGCAUGCAAAGCAGCUGCUCUAGCCCUAGGCUGCAGGCCCUCAGUCUGGACCUCUUUGGGGUGGAAUCCACAUGUAUUUGGGGGUGAGGGAAGCAAAGGUUUAUAAGGAAACAUGGAGACACAUGGUAGGAAUGGGCAAAAGCUGAGUUUAGAAACUUGGUUUACAUACAGGGCUGUCCCUCCUGAUUUCUCUCAGCCUCAGUUUUCAGAUGUGGGAAAAUACAGGAUGGGGGGCUAGGCUUUUGGCCCAGCUAUGGAACCAGCUAGGGACGAGGGUGGUGCUGUGGGUAAAACCUCAGUGCCUAGGACUUGCCGAUCAUAUGGUCGGCGGUUCGAAUCCCCGCGGCGGGGUGAGCUCCCGUCUUUCAGUCCCAGCUCCUGUCCACCUAGCAGUUCGAAAGCACCGCUAAGUGCAAGUAGAUAAAUAGGUACCGCUUUAUAGCGGGAAGGUAAACGGCGUUUCCGUGUGCUGCGCUGGUGUCGGCUCGCCAGAGCAGCUUCGUCAUGCUGGCCACGUGACCCGGAAGUGUCUCUGGACAGCGCUGGCCCCCGGCCUCUUAAGUGAGAUGGGCGCACAACCCUAGAGUCGGACACGACUGGCCCGUACGGGCAGGGGUACCUUUACCUUUACCUAUGGAACCAGCUAUGGAAUAAUAGCCCAGUGUCAAGAAGAUACAUGGCUGAGGUGAUUCCUGUUAAGCAUCACCAGUCUCCUCAAAAUACAUAGGAAAUCUUGAGACAGUCUUUAGACAGUCAGGAAUUUGAGGUUAUAGAGAACAAAUGUGUUUUUGGGUUGCUGGGGAAUAAAAAAUAGGUUGUGCUCCUGCAUUGAAACUCACUUAACUUUUGACCUUUUGAAUUUAUAUGAGCUAACAUCCAUGUCAGAAAGAAGUUGCCAGAGACACCAACAAACUAAAUUCCAGCUUAAUUUCAAAUUAAACGUCCAAAUCACAACAAUUUAUAGCAAUUUUAUCAUCUUCUUUUUUGCAGCCUGUGCAGAUACGUUCCUUGCCUGUAUGUUGCUAUUAACAUUAACAGCUGGGCUAACUGGCUUCAAAACUGCUCAAAAUAAAAACUAAUUAAAACAGACCACAGAGCUCAAGGACAAGUAGCUUUGCCCAUUGCCAUCUUCUCCAUUUUAUUUCCUUUGUUCUCUGGUGAAGCUCAAACAAAAAUAUUUUAACUUUUAGUUACUGUUUUUCACCCGAUUAAUUUUUCCUGGGUUUGCUACACUGGACUGAUUUAUGCUAAUUUACACCUGAGAUUGUACAAAUCUAUUUCUUGAACUCCUGUUAUCAAUAGGUAACUGUAAUAUUUUUCUUUUUAUCCUUUACUUGGAAAGACAAGGGUCAGAAUUGUCUCAAGAAUAUGUAAUUUUACAUAAUGUAGUUUUGAUUUCAUUUAUGCUAUAUCAUUGUGAGUUAUACUUCCAUAUCCUGGAAUGCAGUCAUUGUUUGUGAUACAUUAAAAAAAAAAAUCCUUUCCGGUUGCUACUACUUGCCCAUUUAAGCCUUUUAAAUAGAGAUCUUUCCCAGUCUGUUUCUCCUUUGGAAUUGUUUUUAGAUCUUUUAAGUGUUUCACUGCAGCCAUGUCUGGUGAUCUGGGACCCUUUUGGGAUGAAGAGUGGGAAUGUUUUAAAAUAAAUAAUAUUCUGUAGAUUCUAUUUUCAGCUAGCAUCUUUUUAGGGCAGCAGAGGUAGUUACUGCAAUCUCUGUUCUAGAAUUCUGUAGUUAAUUUAUUUUCUAAUUACAGAGCCUGUGGAAUAUUGAAACCACUCGUCUUAUUGCCCAUUUUGAGAAAUCAAUGCCGAAGGAAGAUGAUGACAGCAAUUCGCUGGACUGUGAUGAGGGGGGAAAGGUGCAAUGCCUGGAUUCUGACAUCGAGAAAAAACUUAGAGUGCCAUUGUUGGAAAUACUGAAAUACCCCUACCUUUUGCUUCAUAAACACCUCAGUGAGUAUCUUGAGGCACCUGAACUUGAUCUGGUUCUCCCUUGCAUAGUAGCUACAGUUUUUGAAAGCAGCUACUGAAACAGGUUGUGACAAAUCACUUAGUGGUUGCAUUCUCAGGAUACACCAGGAGGUGGUAUGUUGAUUGGGCUUUUUUGUACUAUUUCGCUCCUCAGAAAAUCUUGUACACAAAAUUCUUAUUACUAUAUUAUGUAUAUUCUGUUGCCAUCACAAGUGAUCAGAAAUUGUGGCCUGGGUGGUGUUGCUCACUUGACUUCUUCAAGACAUGCAUCCCUGCUGUUUACUAAGAACAGGAGGGUAGAAUUCUUUUUGUUGCAGGAACCUGUGUAUUAACUUUGCUGGAAGGACAAGCUGUGGGUUUGUUUUGGCCCAGCCAUAUAGCAACAAGGUGCCUAGGGAAGGUUUACCAAAUCUUUCCUUUGUAUGUGUGUGUGGGGGGGGGGCGUGUUUCAUGAAAAUGCCAGACAGGUAUCUCCCUUAAGAAGCUUUAUAGGAUAAAACCCUCUGCAUAGUGUUGAUCUGAACACUAUGCAGAGGGUUCGACAGAGUCCAUUCCUGUUCUAUGAAUCUUUGAAAAUGGCUUUCAUCUUAUGCAAGGAUCAUUUCCCUUCAAAUUAUGGUUAUUCCAGCAGCCCUAACACUUUGUGUUCUCUUUUUUUGAAUUGUAGGCAUGCUGUUUGUAGAAGCGAUUUGCAAAAUGGAGGCAAUCAACUACCCCUGCCAGGUGCUUGGGAAACACCCAGGGGUCUAUUUGCUCAUGGUACACUCUAAUGAAACGGUGAGCUGCUUUAAUUUUCUUCUACGUUUUCAGUUUUGCUUCCCAGGCUUAAAUGUAGGAUUAAGCUGCCUUAACCAUUGGUCAAAUGAAAGAAAGUCCUUAUGCAUAGAAUUGUAGAGUUGGAAGGGACUCCAAGCGUCACCUAGUCCAACCCCCUGCAAUGCAGCAAUUUCAGCUAAAGCAUCCAUGACAGGUGGACAUCCAAUCUGUUCAAAAACCUCCAAAGAAGGAGAGUCCACCAACUCCCAAGGGAGUCUCUUCCACUGUCAAACAGCUCUCACUGCUAGAAAGUUCUUCCUUAUGUUUAGUCAGAAUCUCAUUUCUUGUGAAUUGAAGUCAUUGGUACAAGUUCUCCAAGCAGGAGAAAACAAGCUUGCUCCAGCUCCCACAUGACAACCCCUAAGAUAUUUGAAGAUGACUAUCAUCUCUCCUGUCUCCUCUUGUCCAAGCUAAACAUACCCAGCUACUUCAACCACUCCUUAUAAGGCUUGAUUUCCAGACCCUUGAUCAUCUUGGUUGCCCUCUAUAUACAUUUCAGCUUGUCAAUAUCCUUUUUAAAUUGUGGUGCCCAGAACUGGACGCAAUAUUCCAGUUGUAGUCUAACUAAGGGAGAAUAGAGUUGUGCCUGUACUUCCCUUGAAUUGAAUACUACACUUCUGUUGAUGUAGUCUAGAACAGUAUUCCCUCUUUGUUAUGCUGAAUCACAGUACUGAGUCAUGUUAAACUCGUGGUCUACUAAGACCCCUAGAUAUGUACCACUGGCAAGCCAGGUGUCCUUCCAUCAUAUAUUUGUGCAGCUGGUUCUUCCUGCCUAAAGUGCAGGAAGAACCUUACACUUGUCCCUACUGAAAUUCAUUUUGGAAGUUUGGACCCAGUUCUCCAAUCUGUUAAGGUCCUCUUGAAUUUUGAUUCUUUUUAAGUGGCAUUAACUACCCUUCCCAGUUUGGUGUCAUCUGCAAAUUGGAUGAGCAGCCCCUCAAUUCUUUCUUCCAAUUCAUUUAUAAAGACAUUGAACAACAAGCCCAGGACAGAACUCUGUGACACCCUAUUUGUCACUUCUUUCCAGAAUGAUGAGGAACCAUUAUUGAGCACUCUUUGAGUUCAGUUAUUCGGCCUGCUGCAAAUCCACCUAACUGUUACCUUGUCCAGCCCACAUUUUAUCAGCUUCUUCACAAGUAUAUAAUGGGAGACUUUGUCAAAAGCCUGACACAAAUCUGUAUUUUUCAAAUUACAUUAACAAGUUUGAGAAAACAACAGUUCCAACAAUGCUUUCCUUCAUAGUUCUAGGAAAUAACAAACAAGCUGUUUUGUGUUUUAUAUAUUAAUAGAAACACCUUGAACUUGGCCUGGUAACAAACCAACAGGUUGGUCUGUGAGCAUGUGUGUUAUAUGCUGACAAGGUCUCACACCUGUCAGCAGCCAUGAUGCACCAUUCUGCACUAACAGCAGCACAAGGAAAGCCCGACACAGAGCACAUUGCAUUAAUGCAAUAUUGAGGCAGCCAAACCUUUAUAGGAAGCUUGUUCUUUUCAUCAGGCUGAGGGCCUGGCAACAGAAAUCUUUGCCUGGUUAAGACCCUUGGGGGGCUACCCUGUGUGAGAAGAAAUAAACAAACUUAACUUUUGUAAGUAUCUCUGAAUUCUCUUUUGGCUAAAGGGUGAGGUAUAAAAAAAGACUUCUAUCUAACUUCUACUUAGAAGAGAUUCAUUGAUGUUAACAGUCUAAGUUAGUCAUGCCCAUCAAUUUCAAUGGGCCUGCUCUGCAUAGGACUGACACUGGAUUCAACCUAAAGUAACAUCCUAGUUGUUCUACACUGUUAUUAACACAGUUCUAUUUUUAGUGAUUCCACCCAGGUUUUUUAUUUGUUUUUGAUAGGUGGUUGUUAAAAUAUCCCUGUCCCUCAUUUUCUGGGAUGAUUGGUAAGUGAGGAGGCUGUGGAGAAGUCCACGGCCUUCAAGUAAGUUUUCCCUGAAACAUAUCUACACUGUCUGGUUUGGAAUGUGAACCUUUAGGUUAGACUUGGUAACAGUUGUCUUUCACACCAACUUGGCUUCUGCUCCACUUUCCAUAACAAUGACUGCUCUGAUUCCUUACCAUAGUAAUUAAUAAUGUCCCUUCAAACCCACAGAUUCGUCGAUGGGCCAUUAUGACAGCCAAGAGUCUGGGAAAGGUGGACAGGGACGAUUACUAUGACAUACAGGAAGUGCUAAAUUGCUUGCUCAGAGUUAUAGAGCUGAACCUCUUUGAAAACGCUUAUGUUUAUAACCCCACAACAGUUGAGAAGGGUAAUCUCAUCUUGUUGCCUGACCACCUGUACGAUAUUACCAGUUACAAAAACUACUGGCUAGGUGAGUAGAAGCAGCUGAGAUGGUCUGAAGGGUAAAGGGAUUUGGCAUGCCCCAUUCCACUGGGCAUGGUAGCAUUGUGGUACAGCAGGAAUAGCUAAACUUUUUUUCUCCUUUUGGGUAAGAGCCACAUUGGCUCAUAACGAAUGCUCGGAGGGCCUCAUGCUAGCAGUGCUCCCAAAACGGGUACGGGGUGAAAGUGGGUGCGACCACCAUACACACAGCCUCUGCCUCUGCCCCUCCCUAACACACACACACACACACACACACACACACACACAGGAAGCUACCUUACGCUGACUGACCAUUGAUCUAUCCAGCUGACGGGGGCAGCAUCUAUCUCCAGGGGGUGUAUUCCAGCCCUCAUCCAUGAAAUCAGGUGCCACAAUAAACCUAUUAGCCUUCUCUCCCCACACCCAGCUCAUCUCUGGCCUUCCAGAUGUUUCUGGAGUAUGUUUCUCAUCCUCUUAUUUUUUGACAUGCCAGCUGGGGCUGAUGGGAGUUGUAUACCAAUAACACGUGAAGGGCCACAGGUUUGCCCACCCUCCUUUAAGGUGUUGCCGGGCUCCUUUUCCUCCUGUUCCAUUUAGAAUUAAAACUUUGCUUCCUUAUCAUUGACUUUGUGGCGCUUAACAGUUGUAUAUAUCAUUAUUUUUAAUUAAACCAUCCCAUCCAUGUAUGUGCAACCUUGCUAAAUUCUAAAAUGUAGGUUCCUAUCCCAAGGGAUGGGUAAUGUAAAGCAGGGGUAGCUAACAUGGUGCUCCUCAUAUGUUGCUGGACUCCACCUCCUUAAGCCCCAGUCAAUAUGGCCUAUUGCCAGGGAUGGUGUGUUCCCAAACUCUGGAGGACACAAACAGUCUAAAGUUUGAGAGGACUGCAAGCAGGCGCAAUUACAUUAAGUAGGUUUUAGUUUGUUUAUGGAUUAAGAUUGGGAGUUAAGGCAAUGCCCAGUGACAGUUUCUGAACUUUCUAAUUUUCAUUGUUGUAGGUAUAUGUAUGGUGCUGCUGGUGCUGGAUGAGCAAGCCAUGGAUUCAUUGUUGCUUGGCCCAAACAAACAGAAUGACUUUAUGCAAUGCAUAAUAAACACCCUUAAGAAAGACUCGGAUGGUAAUUAAUUAAUAAUCUUUUAGGGCAGUGAUAAAAGUAAAUUAAAAAUAGUCUGAAUAGCCAUAAAACUUGUAUGUCAAAUAAAUUAUUUAAUGUUCAAAUGCUAUAGUGCAUGAUGGCUGAUCACUAGUUUCUAUGCUUAUAAAAAACAGACCUCAAAUGUCAUUGAAGUUUUGUUUUUCUUAUGUGUUUUGCAGUUAUUAGGUGAGAUCUAACUAAGUCAUAGUUUAGACACAUUGGUUAAUGAAAGUUCAUUGAUUUCAUUGGUGUCUAGAUUAUUAACUGAAGUUUGAUAUCACCAAAUGGGUUUUAGGGGGUUUCUUUUUGGAGAAUUAGGUGUCAUUUCUUCUGAGGAGGAACAGAAAUCUGUUUGGAUGCACCUUAUAUCCAACUGAAAUUGCAUAAAUUGAUAUCUGUAACUUGCCUUCCUUUAUCCAUAAUACUUCUGUUUUGGUUGCUACAUGAGAAAUUCAGUUUAAAAACAUUACACCCCCCCCCCAUGUGCUUUGGCUCACAUUUACCUGCAAUGUAAUAUCUUCUUUCAGCACAGUUGAUAAAGCCAUUAGGUUUGCAGACCUUUAUUCUUACUGUUGUUUGCUGAUAAGCACUGUUGUGUUGAAUGGCAUUUUCCUGCAGCAGAGAGGGAAUCCUCACAUGGAUUGCCCCCCCCCCAUUCCACACUUGCUCCACAGGCAGGAAUAUGUAGAUUAGACAGAUCUUACCUCAGUGGGACAGCAUUGCUUCCUUUCCUUCCUGCCUUGCUACUGUGCAGGCCCAGGUCGCAGCUCUACGCUGCUGCCGUUUGCUGCUUGAGGAGAAGCUUUCCUUUCCUUGAGGCACAUUUAAUUACAGAAUUCAACAACAAAAAGGUAUGAGUCGUCUCUGAGAGCUCGCAGCCUGCAUUUUUGGCCAAUUUCUCAGAUGAGGAGGCCAGAGGAGCAGAGGCUACCCACAGCAGUGGGGUGGUUUCCCUUAGUGUACCCUCAAGCUUGCCAAGAACUGCAUCCCAGGAGCCAGCAGAGGCUGCAGAGGAACAGCCAGCAGAGAAAGCUGAGGCUUUGUAGCAGCUGCUGGGCCUUGCAUCACCCCGUCAUUUAGUGAUUGACAGCACAACACUCCACACUGGGUUCUGUCAGUGAAUCCGGCAGGCAUUGGACCAGGAUGCAGGAGCUGGUUUAGUCCCAGUCCCUCAGAUGGCAUUUCUUGGCCCUCCAGUGCCCAAGGUACGUCAGGUUUUGGUGGGAAAUAGGGCCUCACGCUUGUUUUCUGCUGAGAGUUUUGCCCACCUGUUGAAGAUCCUAAAGAUAGAUAACUGUGCCCAAGAACACAGGAGCUGGUGGUGGCGGCGGCAGCGGCAAAGGGAGUGUCCAAAGUAAGGACUGUUCCAGUCCUUCAACCCUUUUGGCACCUUUUCCAUCUGUUCUCAGUACCUGGGGAUAGUCACUCCUCAGGCCCAGGUAGGCCCAGGUCCUAAAAGGUUUUAUACCUUUCAACUUGAGACUAUGACUAAAUGCUGAGUUCCCCACCGUACCUCUGUAUGUUUGAUACAGUGGGUACAAUGACAGCCAAGGACACAGAUUAAUUUCCUAGAAUUCGGAUGAUAAUAAGACUCCAUUUGACCUUCUGGUGGUGCCUAUGGCCGCGGAGACAGUAGAAGCUAGCGGUACCAGUGAGAUGGGCAGAGAUUCCAGCCCUGGCAAAUAGCAGAAGCAGUUCUCACCCAGUUCUAGAGAGACUGGACAGAAUCAGCAGGGAGGCAAGAAGUUAACUUAGUCCUGACUAGAGAUGUAAAAUUUCCAGAAAUUUUGAAGCCAUGAGAAAAAAAGUUUUUUCCUCUUUUUCCCCAGAAAAAAAUUGAAGUUUUUUUUUGGGGAAAUUAAAGUUCAAUGUGGAGUAGUUUUACAAAUUGCGUGAAACACAGUGUAGGUAAAAGUAUUGUGCUUGCAAUAAAACAUGUAACCACCCCCUUUCCCCCAAAAGCAACAAAAAAGCAAGAAACCAUCAAUAUAAAAAAUAAUCAGAUUUUCCCCUUAGCACCAACAGCAAAUAAAGUUAAGAUCCACUUCAAUAUUUAAGCUCCAUAGAAGAUCUACCCUUUGAGUAGUGCUUUUUUAAAAAACAAAAAAGUGUGUGGAAUAUUCAAACUAUAUCAAACUUUUUUUUUUAAUUUUCCUAGAAAAAAAACAGCUUCAGAAAAAAGUGGGGGGACGGACACUGGGGUUUCCUCCCCAAUUCCCCCCCCCCCAGGCCUUCCCAUCUCUACUCCUGACUCCCUAAGCUUCCAGUUUAGUUCAUCUGUAACAGUUCUUCACCUGCUGCAAGGAGAUGACAACAGAUCAGUGGGUUCUACAAACCACGAGGGAAGGGGAUAUUCAGGACUUUGCCCACUUACCUCACAGCCACUUUGUCAUUUCUCCCAUGUCCAAAAAGGAGAAAACGCUAUGUGGUCCUAGCAGCCAUUCAGCUGAUAAUCCAUCAAUGCCAUAGAGCCCAUGCCCUGCUACUCGAUAAUCUUCAUAGUCCCAAAGGAGGAGGAGGAAGAUCUCAGGGCCAUAUUGAAUUUGAAGAGGGUGAACAGGCACAUCAAUCAAUCAAUAGACUUUAUUUGCGUAGCCGACAGGCCAUAGCAUCAAAGGACAAACACCGACAAAAAUACAUUACAAAUAUAGUUACCAUAAAAUCUUAUGACCUAUUAAAACCCUAGGUAGAAGCUGGAUUAGAACAGGCACAUCUCUCAGACACUGAUGCAGCAAGGGACACAUUGUUCAACUGGGUGGAGAACUACCUCACAUCUAUCACUGAAGAACAUGUAUUAGGUGCAUCCACCAGGGAGGAUUGGCAAUAAAAGAUAUUAAGGAUGUUAGUAGAAUAAGUCAGUGCAUAUCCUUAUUUGGAAAGUAUUAGUUAGCUUGAACAUGCUUAGAUUAGAAAACUAUAUAGAUCAAAAUUUGGAAUAUUGAAAGAAUGUCUCUUUGAUUAGCUUAGAGAUUAACCUGAUGUUACUGUCCUGAUGGAAGGUUAGAUAUGUAAAAAAACAAAAUAAAAGGUUAUUAUGUAAAAUGACUUGUAGGAAAAUCUUGACCAGCAUGUCAUGUCAUGGCUGAUGUAGAAUGGACCAUGUGGAACUGGUUAUAUACUUAGCGCCAUGUAAGCGGUGUAUGGAGAAGUAUAAAAGCUGUCUUGAAACCUGUGAUUAGCACAGUACCCACUAUUCUAUGGGAUUGUCCUUUACUGCAGCAAAUUUAAUAAAAAGUAUUGUCUUCCUGGAAUUCGUUCACUGAGGUCCAGCUCUGAGGGCCUUCUGGUGCUUCCCUCACUGUGAGAAUUGAGGUUACAGGGAACCAGGCAGAGGGCCUUCUCAGUAGUGGAACCCACCCUGUGGAAUGCUCUCCCAUCAGAUGUCAAGGGAAUAAACAACUUUCCAACCUUUAGAAGACAUUUGAAGGCAGCCCUGUUUAGGGAAGUUCUAAAUGUUUGGUGUUUUGUUUUAUUUUUAAUAUUCUGUUGGGAGCUGCCCAGAGUGGCUGGGGAAGCCCAGCCAGAUGGGCGGGGUAUUGAUUGAUUGAGUUCCUUACAUGGGAAUGAACCUGAGGGAUGUUCGAGCAGCUUUGGUACAUCCUAUCCGAGGAUCCCCACCCCCCGGGCAUGGAAAUGUGACAUUGGAGCACCAGUGAAGGUCCAGUUUCUGCAGGGGGUGGAGGGGAUCCUAUGCACCCUCGGGUAGUUUGCAUAAUUGGCUGUGUGGUUGCACGCAUACACUGCUUUUUAGUAUUUUCUCUAAUUGAAUACGUUCUAGUUUGGUGUUGAAACACUCUCUCCUCAGUUCAGUUUAAUACAGUAGUACUCUCCUGCUCCAAACAUGUGGGCAUUCCACCUCCCUAGGCAGCAAAAUUUUGCUGCCAGAGGACAGUUGAUCAGCUGCAGCAGGCAGCAUGAAAUACUUGCAGGGACUACAGGUUGCCCAUGGAUUCAGCAUCAAGCCAGUUCCUUAAUUUAGCCAGGUUCAUUCAUUUCAUUUGAAGUUUACUCUGAGUAAAACAUAAUUUGAAUACAAACUUGCUCACUGAUUUUAUGGCAGUUCCAGUAUUGCUUGAUACUGGGUUUUUAUCCCCCCCCAUGUACUCAACAUUUUCAUUUUUUAAUUUACGUGUUUUCAUUGACUAAAUAUUAUUUCCCAUCUCAGCGUGUUUUGACUUGUCUGUUUCAGAUGAAAGUAACAGUCCCUUCUGGCCUGCACUCCACUGCUUCAUGGUGAUCCUGGAUAAGCUUGGGUCCAAAGUAUGGGGGCAGCACAUUGAUCCAAGUGAGGCAUUUCAAACUAUUAACAACAGCGUGAGUUAUAAUAAAGAAAUAGAGAAUAUUCGCCAAAGGUGCAAGAGGUCAGUCCUUUAUCCUUUUAUUACAGUUUUUAUAAUACAGCAUUUUGGAAGCCAGUGUGAUAUCCUUCAAUUCUUGCUGAGCAAUUGGCCGUUCUGGCUGGGGCUGAUGGGAAUUUUGCAUCAACAUGUAACUAUAUUAGUUACCACUGGAUUAAGAUUAAACAUAUUUGAUAUAGUUUAAAUGUUACCUGCAAAUCAGUUAAAGGCUUUGCUUAAAAUAUUUUCAAGUGUUCCAGUUAAAAUACCUACCAAUAAAACUCACUCACUGUUUAAAUUGUAAUUUGUUUUUGUUUUUUGUUUUAGUUCUAAUACUAGUUUUUAUAAAUAUAUUGUGUUUUGUAGGGAUGGUUAUCUGUAAAAAGUUAACUACUACAUUGAUUUUAAUCAUGAGUUUCUUGAUUGGAUUUGUGUUGUGUUCAUGUAUUGUGACACUUUCUAAUUUUAUGAAAUGUGGUUCCUGCAGAAAAUAUGUCAGUGGAACAGUUUCCAUCUAACAUCAUUGGAUGAGCUAUGUUGCUCAUGCCCAUUUUGUGGAUGUUGUGGUAUUUCUUCCAAAGCCACCUAAGGAGCCUAUGACUUAGUGAGGUUGUCUUUCCUGCAUUUACAAAUCAUGGUGCAUCCAUGCUGUGUAUGUGAACUAUGGUUUGUUCCAACGUGCCUUAGGUUGUCUCACAGAUGAGCAAGCAAACCAGUUUCUUUCUACAGAGCUUAAAACAAGCAAUGUUUCAUAAACCUACAAGAAAUUUUAGUGCCAGAUUGGAAUCAACCAAAGCAAGCUGUAGUUAGUCAGCUGAGCUGGGUUCCAACUCUGGAAAGAAAUUAGUAGAGGAGUUUGACCAGAGGUCGCCCUCCACUGAACUCCCCAAAGACACAGGCUUCAGUUGAAAAGUAGGCCUUUAUUAGUACAAAUGUACAUAGGGUCAGUCUCUUCAAAAAUACUGGAGAAGACUGCGUUUUGGGGCUUUCAAACGUUAUUUCUACUUCACCAGUCAUAGGAUUACAGCAGACUUUCCCAUCACAGUUACAACUCAUUGACACCAUUCUAGACCAAACAGAGAUCCUUUUGCUCUUCUGUCUAGCCCAUCUCAACCUCCUCAUCUUAUUAUACAUUUUUUUAAGGGUAACCUUUUUUAAGAGUGUUUUUGAUUAAUUUCUCUUAUUAGCUGUUUAUCAACAUCUGUUUUCCAUUAUCUGUGAUUCAUUUAUCAGGUUAAAUAUAAGUGCUGCUAUGCUUAGCAGUCCUUUCACUAUUGCCAUACUGAUUAUCUGCUUACUUUCCUUCAGAGUUCGUUCCCUCAUUGUACCAGGUGCACAUAACCUCUUAGUUAAAUACAAUGUUUUUUUCCUUACUAGAAGAGCUUAGUUAAUAUUCAUACACAUAUGCUGGAUACAUAAUAUGGAGUCCUAAAGGCUCAAAGUGGAUUCAAACAAGAUGAAGAAAAAUGGAGAGUUCUUCUUUUCAACCAUCUGUGGUUUAGAGUUAAAUUUGAGUGAAAUACUCAUCGCUCUGGCUUAAGUGAAUUAGCUUUCACUAAGGCAGUUAGUUUAAGUCUGAGAGCAAUUUAAGUACUCUUUAUGACAAAUGUAACACUAUAAUUAUUUGCAUAGUCUUUGGGACUCAGGGUCAGAGGAGGAAAUAACAUUGACCUUGAUUACAUAUUCUUCUGUUCUCUCUCUCCCCCCCCCCCCCCCGCAGUCAUGAGCUUUAAGAAUGAUGUAAACUACACAUUUAAAUAAAUAGCUUUUGGUUUAAAUGCUUUGCUUUCUUAAUGUUUUCAAAGGACUAGAUCUGUGCCGCUAUCAGAUUGUGAAGAUGAAAUGGUCACCUGCAGCCAACUGGUGUAUGACUACCGCCUAGAAAAGCCACAGAAGGUACCUUGCAUGUUGAUCUAAUUUAUUGUCUCCUUCCAUGGUUGAAAUAUGGUUAUGGGGGCAGCUCCAGAGUAUAGCUGGAGAGAAGAAUCAAACCACAUCUGUCCUCUAGAACAAACACUUUUCAUUUUCAAAGGCUGGAUCCUGGUGUUCGUUUGAAGGGUGGUUUCUUACUGGCAACGGAAUUCAGCCUCCUGAAAACUUUGUUUUUUUCAUUAAAACAAUGUAGACCUGUUGCACUCUGGAUGAUGCUAGGCUACAACUCCCAUCGUCUCUGAUCAUUGACCAUGCUGGCUGAGGCUGAUGGAAUUUUGAGUCCAGCAACAUCUGAAGCGCAACAAACCCCCUUUCCUGUCAUAGUAAAAUCACGUGAGGAUGGCAUCUGUAUAUGCGGGGGCGGCAGCGGAAUGGAGAACAUGCUGUUAAAACAGUGACUUCUUGUUUCAGGUUACCAGGCAGAAAUCUGCUGCUUGUCCUAAUUACUUCCCUGACUUGUAUGAAGAUAUGAAAACAUUCAUUGAUGCAUUCCAGGCUGACUUUGGCCAAGACAUACAGUUGCACAGCAGCACUUUUCUAUGGCUUAUCCCUUUCAUCCACUCCCUUAUGGGCCUCAGGGAGCUGGGGAUUGGCUACAGCGUACAGGUUAUGAGCCACCUGUGUUUAAAAACGGAUGUCUCUGAGAACUCUGCUGAAUCUUAUGACAAAGUAUCUCAGUUCUUUAUUUGGGUCCUGGUGAUCGUGAUUCAACUCCACCUUAAGAAAAAGUGCCUCAGUUCUCUGUGGGUCAGCGCGGAAAAAUGGGUGCGGACAGUGGUAGCAUGGGCCAAGCUUCCACGUGCAGUGUUCAUGGCUGGCAUCGAGAGAAGGGCGGCCAGGAGCUGCUUAAUAAGCACAGCUACAUCACCAUCUCUGGAAACAGAGUCUGUGCAGUCUUUCUGCAUGAAACUGAUUCGUAAUAUCCUGAAGGAAGGCUUACAUGAUGUGAAGACUCCUGUUUGUAAGCAGUUCUUUCUUGAACUCAACUUGCUUCUCCGUAACCGCAUGAACUUGGAGCUGAGUCCCAAGCAGACUCAAGAAUUGCAGAGUACUCUGAAGCAUAUCAUAAGGACCAUGUGGAUGAAAUCAGGACCUUCUUCCCCCAUCGUGGAGAGCUUUCCCAUUGGUGUAAAUGAAAGGCAGGAAGACAUGCAUCCAGUGAAUAUGUGCAAUGAGCACCCACCUCACUUGUCAGCAGCAAGGAAAGAUGAAGUCUGCCAAGAAGGCCAAGUACAAGAGGGCUCCAUGUUAGCAAACAGAUACAUGUAUGUUCAAAAAAACAUGAGCUGUCACCAGAUACUAGGGAUAGACAUAAAGGUUGAGAACAUCUGGUCAGGGGUGGAGAGACCCAGAGCUUCCAGUCCUCUGAUGACAAAGAAUGAUGACAGCAGUGAUGCUUUGGAGAAAAAUGUUGAUCAGAAUGACCUUACAAGCCAAAGGAAACCUCUGAGACUUCUGAGCCCCAGGUUCAAGGCGAAGUUGAGACAACUGCUUAAUAAGUGUAGCAGCAGCACCAUGCUGAAGUCCAAAACAAAGAAGGAGCAGUCAGUUAGAGACCAAAGGAAAAGCCAGGAAGGGCCGAAGAGUGAUAUUGUUGCAGGUAGCGCUGGCAACACAUCAGAUCCAUUGCUCUGCAAAUCGGGGGCAGGCUCAAGCAAGUCUUUCCCUAGUCCGUCAGCCUGUAUGAAAAAUAAAUGCAAGGACGAUUUGGUGCAUUUUGAAACAGGACAGUCGGAUUCUGAAGAAGACAGCAGUGAUGACAUGAAGGAGAAGAUGCCACUUGACAUUGUGGUGAGGAAUCAGCCGAAUGAAUUUGAAGCAGCUGUCGCUGUCACUUCAACUAGCACAGCAACAGAUUCCCAAAUUAACAUAGUCUUCAAUAAAGGCACCUUCAUUGCUUCCACCAAAGAAACACCCGUUGACUCUAGGCAGGAAAGCAGCAAGAAAGUUAUGGGCUCUGUUCAAUCUCAGUCUUCCAGUGAAGACUACCCUUCUAAGGCAGCAAAGGGACCAAUCCAUACAAUUAUUAUUUCUGAUUCUUCAGAAGAGGAUGAAAACCAAGGGAACACUAGUAGAGAGAGCAGAAAAGAUACAACAUGUGUGCGCCAUGAGAAGCAAUCCAGUGCACAGGGGCAAGAGCCAAUGAAUUCCUCACCAACAAAUGCGGAACAUGAAUCACAGUUGUUUGAGUUCGAAUCAGAAGCUGAAAUUUACUCAGAAUGGCAGGACAGCCAAACUAAUGAGGAAACGACAGAGGAGGAGAACCUUUUAGUGGAGACAGACAAUGGCCACAAAGCCACUGACUUGGAAAUAAAUUACUGGGGUUAUGAGUCGAACCCUCAUUGGUUUAAUGCCACUGAAGAAGGAAAAGAGGACCCUGUGCAAAACAGUGAAACUAAAACAAAGCCACAUACACCGGCUCAGAAGGUCAACAUUAGCAGCAGAAAUGCAAUGUGUUGCUCGACUUCCACAGGGAUGGAUGCAGGGUGUUCCAGACACAUAGAUCCAUCAGCACUUACUGCUCCUUCAGAGUCAGCAUCUGCUGUCAAAGAAUCUACUAUUCAACCAAAGAAGGCACCACCACAGGCAGAACCAGCAAGAUCUACUCCUACUGUGGUCCCACCUGCCAAAGUCCACCAUUUUCCACCCCCAACCUCACUGACAGAGAAUCUUGGCCUGUCAAAGAAAGUCCGUAGAGCAGCUGAACUAUCUCAGCGCACACAGGACAGUCUUGCUGAGUUGCGUCGUCAUGGGGAAAUUGCUGGCAGGGUAGAUGUUGCACAGAAAAGAACAUCACAACUAAUAAAUGCUUCACACCUAACUACUAAAAAUAGAAAAAUGCUUUCUUGCCAAGAACUUCAAUUCUAUAGGCAGACAAGGCCUAAAGAGAGAGAGAAGGGUCAGCACACUCAAAGAGGAAACCCAAGUUCCUCAAUCCUUGAAGCUACAGCUAGUAAAACCAAUCCCUUGACCUCUACCGAUUCCUCCUCUAGCUCUUGUGAUGAGGAUGUGGCUUUGAAAGAGGGAGAGCCACAAUUGAAUGAGAACAUUGAAGAUGACAACUUGUUUCUUACACAGUCCGAUCCAGUGGACAUGGAGCUGUGUUCACAAAUAGAAAGUGGCAGUAACCCCACACACAUGGAAGUCAGGGUAUCUGCAAGCCCACUACAGGAUGCUAAUGAGAUAUGCAAGGAAGCAGGUUCUAAAAGAGCAGCUGAAGCAGAGGCUCACGGCGCAAGCUGUUCUGCUGGUGGCCCACAAGACAAUGCGUCUGCCAAGACUCUUGCACCCCCUAGGCUCUCCACGAUGAAAAUGUUCAGUGUUUCUUCCCGGAACGCAAACCUCACCAAGGAGCUCGAGAGCAUCCCAAAGCCCCCAGCAGUUCCAAAGAGCAAAUCAUAUUCCUUCAUGCCCCCGACCUCAAAGGGGAAUGGAUUGCAGUCCCAAAUCCCCAUGCCGAACAGCAUUCUCCAACCACAGAAUUCGAACAACGUCCCUCAGUUGCUAAAUGUGCAAAAUAACUCUAAUGUGUAUACUGGUGGGGUGCUGCCUGCCUCCAGACCUGUUUCCUGGCAUGAAAUGAAUCCACGCUUCACACAAGCAAACAGCGUGAAUGCCCAGCAGAGAAGUCCUGCCAUAUUUAGUAGAGAAAUCCUGAAGUGGAACUAUGACAUGUUUGCACAGUUCAGUCAGUUUGGGCCACCAGCUUACCUCCUCCAGUCUGUUAUGACUUCUGUUCCAGCCACUUUUAAUAAUUACAAUGACUACUUCAAUACUUUCUUCCCCUUAAUGAUGCUAAAUACCUUUGAAACAGUAAGUAAAGUCUCCCUCAGCUCUUUGUAGUCUGGUGGCCACUUUUAACUGGAGUCUUUUGGCUAGUUUCAGGGAGGCCCACCUGGCUUAAAGAAACACAUUUUUAAUUGAUUUUCAGACCGUUAUGUAAGCAGAAUAAGUGAACAAUAACAACAAUAAUAAUAUAAUAAUAACUUGACAUAUCUAAAACAAGUCAAGGCAGAUAGAAGAACCACCAUAAGAAGUAAUGACACCCAACUUUAAAUCAUGACAUAUUUCUCUGGUGUAAGGAGAGAUCAUUCCAUGUCCAUCUUUGAACGGAGUAAAAAUGUUCAGGGUCCUCCUUCCCCUUGCAGACCCAUAAUUUAGGUUUUUUACACCAUGGAGAAAUAUUCAAGCUCUGUAAUGUUUUCCAUUGUUGGAACUACGGAAAUCUAGGCUGCUGCCAGCACCCAUGUUUAACGUUCCUUUGAGCGAAAAGUCUUCAUCAUUUCUGCCCACAUAUUUAUCAAAGAAAGCUGGGCAAAAAUUUAAACAGGUAUUUCUUGAUCCCAGACCAGAAUGACUUGCGGGCGUUCCCACCAAAGGUGGAAAAUGUCCCUUUGUUCCCACAGUCCUGCCAACUGUUCCAUGCUAUAGUAGAAGUAAUGUGGGAUAAUUGUGCUGGUGCACAGUGCCACUGGUGUGCUAUUUUAAAGUGCAUUCUUGGGCAUGUGCAAAUAUAGGUUGGACAGUCUAGAGUUCCAUAGCUUUAUAUUCAGCAUUUUCUGUACAAAGAAUUAAGUCUUUUUAAGAAGACACACUUGUAAGGAGAAUACAUACCUUAGUUGGUGGACCCUUCAGGAAGUGCAUUGGAGGUGGUUGGGAGCUGCUGCAUGCCAGCAGUGGACAGGACCAGAGUUGGCAACAGAAUGCCCCAUUUUUCUCUUUCCUCUCCUCUUCCCUUCCUACCUCCACUGCAAUUCCACUUAGGCUACAUCUUCACCAUACAUUUAAAUCAGCAUCAUACUAAUUUUUUUUUAUUAAAUUAUUUUUUAUUAAUUUUUAGUAACAAUCCAAUGUAGGCCACAUUAAUACAAUACCAAAUCACGCCAAAUCACAAUACAAUCAAAAGAGCCAAUUAAUCAGUUCCAAAUUAAACAUUUUUGAAUGACUUCCCAUGUUCCGGCUAUCAGGAGUUGAUGUCAUUCCUUGGUCCUGCACCAAUUCUCUUAAUUAGUCCAAGUUCCACAAUUCCAAUCUUAAUCCUUUAUUUUAACAGCCACUGAUGUGAUGACUUUCGAUCAUAUUUAAUAAAUCCCUCAUAAAUCUCAUUUUACAACAAAUUCAGAGGUUUAUUCUCCAGGGUACAUUCCUGUGCCUCCAGGUUCUUCCAUGUAGUAUAAACCCUCUCUUCUAGCUCUGCUGAACUCCAGGUGGUUAUGUUUGCUACAGUGGUAGAGCCACUUUGCCCAGGGCCUGACUCCACUGGUGGUUGAUGCAGGCACCACACCUUUGGAACCAAUUCUCUACAGCCUGCCUGCCCCUGACCAACUAGAAUUUCUCCCUUAUUCUACCCAAGGGUCUUUGCUACACCAGAGUGCCCCAGCUUCUUUAGCUUUGUUAGAGUGUGGUGCUGAUAAUGCCAAGGUUGCAGGUUUGAUCUCCAUAUGGGACACCUGCAUAUUCCUACAUUUGCAGGGGUUUGGACUAGAUGAUCCUCAGGAUCCCUUCCAGCUCUAUGAUUCUGUGACACAACUAGCUGCCACCUUGCCCAGCCCCAGUGGUUUCUACCCAUUAUCUGUAUAGUAUGUCAUCCGUGAGCUCUAGACUCUUCCAUUGAGACCAAAAGGCCUUCGUGGUGGUGUUGAGUGGGGACACAACUCCUCAGGGUGGAAGAGCCCAAGAAUUAAUUUUUCACUUACACAAAGCAUUGAUGUCUGGAUCACCCCUUUGUAAAGUCUAGUGAUGGAAGAGCGCUCUUCAUAGCUGCUGUUACGCCAAAGCUUGCUUUUUCUUGUAGGUGGCACAAGAUUGGAUAGAGAACCAGAUAUGGAAAGACAAAAGGAAUUUCCAUUUAACUUUGCUGAACUUCAGUCUGGACACAAAUGAAGCAGAUUUUACAGGUGAGUGAGAAUUUCACUGCAUAUAAACAAACAGGCAGUAAAAAUUCGGUUCUGUUUUCAGUAGCGGUUGAAGUAGAUAGCAAAUGCUUGUGUUAAGGCGAGAUUGCUGGGGUAAGCAGACAAGUGCUAUUAUACUUCUUUCUGCCUGCAUAAUUUUUGCUUUUUUGCCCACACAUGUUGAUGGGUGAUUUAGACCAUUUUCAGUUUUGCACUGAUCUGAAUUUUAAAAAAAGAAAGGUUUAUACCAAUAAUUUUAUUGUUUUAUAUCUCGUGUAUAAAAGAAGUAUUAAACCUUGAGGUGGGUGGGUAUAAAUUUUGGGAAAUAAAAUAAACCGAUAUCCCAUGCCCAUGACCCAAGCAAACUGAACUCCAGGUGCUGUAAAGGAUUAAAUAAAUAAAAAACUAAUGCUAUUUCAUUAAAAAAAACCCCAAAACAUAACAGGGAUUGAGGAGUGGUAUGCCUGUUUUAUCUCAACACCUAGAUUGCUUUAUAUGUCUCCAAAACUGUUCUUAUCAGGUCAUACAAAUGAAGAGAGAAAAAAACCUCAUACAACUAAAUUGACGAAAGAUUUAUUAGGCUGGGUCACAGGUGUAACUGAAAACACCUGAAAUUCAAAGCUGAGCUUCAGCAACUUGUGGUUGACAUGUAUAUUUUUACUGAGGGUUUGGUAACAUUAAAGCCAUAUCCAUAUGUGGCUAGAUGCUUGCAUAAUUUUAUUCUGUGUUCAAAUUAUUUUUCCAGCUAACCUCUCGGAGAGCAAUUUGGGGAGACAGUACCCAAAGCAAGAUGACUUUGUGGUCUUAACAGUGUAUGAAAAGCAAGCCUUUCAUAGCAACCCUCGUGAGGCAGAAAGCCGCCCAGUGUGCCACGUCGGUUGCGUCACUCGGUUUUAUUUUAGUAAGUUUUUAAAAACUAACUUGUCAGUGGGGAAAAGAAUUACCUUAGCCAACCAUUUGUGUCAUUAAUUCUUUUGAUUUGGGAUGUAGUGGUUCGAGGCCCUGUGACAGGGUGAGCUCCUGUUGUUCGGUCCCAGCUCCUUCCAACCUAGCAGUUCGAAAGCACACAUUGCAAGUAGAUAAAUAGGUACUGCUCUGGUGGGAAGGUCAACAGUGUUUCUGUGCACUGCUCUGGCUUUGCCAGAAGCGGCUUAGUCAUGCUGGUCACAUGACACGGAAAAACUGCCGGUGGAAGCGGACAAACGCCGGUUCCCUCGGCUUGUAAAGCAAGAUGAGCACCGCAACCCCAGAGUCGUUCGCGACUGGACUUAACUGUCAGGGGUCCCUUUACCUUUACCUUUAUAUAUACUGGAAAUGCUCUCAAACUAUGGUUUGGGUUCUAAAUGAUGAUGAAUGCAUGUAGUAUUAUUUCUGAAUUUUAUUCCUGUGUAUGUGUCUUUUCUUUUUAAAAAAUAAACAGAAUACAAAGAGCAGGAUGUCGUUAAUCUGUCUGUCAAGACACAAGGGAAUUUGUCCCGUAUCGAGAAGAAAGUAAUGUGCCUCACCAUUUGUUCAUUGGCCACCAUGCAGCGAAUGUUUAGGGCCCUUCUUCUGCUUAACCGAAGCCCUCUAGCCAAAGCCAUAAUCAGCACAGAAUAUUCUGACUUCUCUCUCAUGGGCUCAAAUGUGGACUCUGAGAAUUCUGUAAGUGUUUGAAUUUGUUUUAAAUGGGCUAAAGAUAUGUCCCAGUCCUGAUUUAGGGAAGUAUAAUAUCCUUGCUACCCAUUACCAAAUUGUAUGCCAAUGAGCCAGGUUUUAAGCUGAAAUUUCCUCAGAGAUGGGUAGAGAAGGCCAGAGAGAGGGGAGAUGAUAUCUGUUUAUUUCUACUCCAGCAGCCAACUUUCCUUAAUGGGUUGGGGAGAGGGAAGAACUGAAGUGACAGUUAAAUGGUAAUAUUAGCAACAAAUGGAAGCUCUCUUUCCUUCUGCCAUCUCCAAGGAAACCUUUGGAAUUAUGGUUCACAAAGUGCCGCUUUUUGCAUGGUGCCCAUAACAUGGCUACAAAUCAGUAGACCUUGGGAACAGGGAAUGGUCUUUUAGAUGUCUUAAAGGGGUGAGGAACUUCAGGUCCAGGGGCCAAAUUCCACCCUCCAAGCCUCUGUCCGGCCCUUGCAACUCUCCCCAGGCUAUGUCCCUCACCAGCCUUGCUUUGCACCUUCCUUGAAUGGUUUUGUUUUGUUUUUUGCCUGGCUGUGAUGUGUACUUGAGCUCUGAUCAAGCCUCUUGCUUACCUGAAUUUGGGAUGAGAUAAAGUGGUGUCAAGAAGCAACUGUACAAAGGUAAAAUGUACUAUGUUGUUCUGCCCAUAUUCAUCCCUGGCAUGUGGCCUUAGAAGGUUGCUCAAGAAGGAAUGUUGUCUCCACCCAAGUGUAUAAUUCUUCCUACUCCUUUAUGUCUCCUUUUUAUUAUGCAUUUUGUGCUCUCAUUUUGUAUUUUUAUGUUGUGACCCUCCCUGUGGGCUUCGGAUGAAGGACGGUAGACAAAUUUAAUCACUCAUAUAAAAAUAGUAGCAAUGCAUGAACUAUGGAGGGAUGCGGGUGGCGCUGUGGGUUAAACCACAGAGCCUAGGACUUGCAGAUCGGGGUGAGCUGUUGUUCGGUCCCAGCUCCUUCCAACCUAGUAGUUCGAAAGCACACAUUGCAAGUUGAUAAAUAGUUACUGCUCCGGCUGCUCUGGUUCACCAGAAGCGGCUUAGUCCCUUUACCUUUACCUUUAUGAACUAUGGCCUAGCUCAAAGCAGGAGAAUUAGCAAGGUUCCUGUCCCAGGAACCCACAUGCUCACACUAAGCCAUGGUUUGGCAUAGCAGCAGUGUAAACCAAGUCACAGAAAUCUCAGGGAAUAGAAAGGUCUUGUGAAUGACAUGCCUUUGUCCUCUCUCCUCCUCCACAGUCUUCGUACAUGAGAGAAUUUAAUGAAGAUCAAAGGACAGCUAUUGAAACAGCUUAUGCCCUCGUGACACAGUCUCCUUCGCUGCCCAAAAUUUGCUUGAUCCAUGGGCCACCUGGAUCUGGGAAAUCUAAGACUAUCCUUGGACUCCUUUACUGCAUUUUCAUCAAGGUGGGUUAGGUCGAUAACACCCUGCAUGUGCCAGUCCUUGUGAAAUGCACGAGAGUAGUUAAUAGGCUUAACAACAAAUGGCAUCCCCAGCUCUCUUAUUCUGGUGGCAAAUUACAAGACACAAUAUUUUAUAUUGCUUUAUGUAAAACACUUAGGGUUUUAAUUUGAGUUAUUGUUGUUAAUUAAUGGGAAACGUCAUAGCUAUAAUGGUAGUGUAUUUGCUCGGCAUACAGAAAAGGUCCCAUAAUUGAUCCCUGGCAUUUCCAGGUAUAGCUAGGAAAGGGUACCUGCCUGAAACCUUGGAGACAACUGAUGUCAGUCCAUGCACCCUAUUGAGGGAGAUGGGCCAAUAUAAGGAAGCUUCCUAUGUUCCCAUAUAAAUCUUGUUAAAUAAAUAAAUAGUGGUCCCUCUUAUUAUAUACUGGUUUUAGCCUGGUGCUUUAAAAAAAAAGUAGGGUUGCUUUCUUCUCUUUUUUAAUUGGACCUGUUCUUGUCCCUUUACAUAACGUCCAUUCUGUGUGCGCAAGGAAUUGAGCUUUCAGUGAGGCAGCACUUAUUCUCUGGAACUCCCUGCCCAUUGAAAUUAGGCAAGCAUAUUCCUUGUACUGUUUCUGCUCAAAACCUUUUCAUUUAGGCAAGCCUAUCCAGACUGUGGUCUAAACAACAGAGCCUAGGGCUUGCCGAUCAGAAGGUCGGCGGUUCAAAUCCCUGCAACAGGGUGAGCUCCUGUAGCUCGGUCCCUGCUCCUGCCAACCUAGCAGUUCGAAAGCACAUCAGAGUGCAAGUAGAUAAAUAGGUACCGCUUCGGCGGAAAGAUAAACGGCGUUUCUGUGUGCUGCUCUGGUUCACCAGAAGCAGCUUAGUCUUGCUGGCCACAUGACCCAGAAGCUGUAUGCCAGCUCCCUCAGCCAGUAAAGCGAGAUGAGCACCGCAACCCCAGAGUCGUCCGCGACUGGACCUAACGGUCAGGGGUCCCUUUACCUUUACCUAUACAGACGUAUAAUUUUAUUAUGUACAUCUGGUUUUGUAUUAUUUUAAAAGUUUAUUUUUAUCUCUUAUUUUCAUCAUUUUAUAUGUCUGAUUAUUUGCUAUUUUUCUGUUUUUUCUUUAACUUUAUUAAACCACUUAUAUUUUUUUUAAUUAAGCAGCAUAUAAAUCUUGUUUAAUUAAAAAAAAUUCAGAAAAGAUGAAGGUCUUAAAAAUUUCUAUGUAUUGGGUUGCUCUUAAAGACACAGAUGUAAGAGGCGGGACUGGUAAAGAAAAAAAUGUAUAUAGAUAACUCUGAAUGGUUAAAAACUCAUAAUUUUCAUAUGAUUUUUCUUCAAAAAUAAAAUCCAGAGUACACAAUUUGUUGAAUCCACUGCUAGUUGAUAGGCAGUACGUAAAAGAGGACUGGAUAAAUUUAUGGAGAAUAAGACUAUCAAUGGCUUCUAAGCCACAAUCAGAGGCAUCAAUGCUUCUGAAUAUCAGUUGCUGGAAACCUCAGGAGGGAAGCAGGGGCAUAGGAAGGGAGGUGCGGGAGAUGCGGUCCACCCUGAGUGUCAUUCUGGAGGGGGGUGACAAAAUGGCACUGCCUGAAACAGCAGCGUGAGGCUUGCAUCCACUGGGUGGACUCUGUGGGCAGCUCACUGUGGCGCCCCUGUGGGCAGAUCGCCCCGCCCCCACCACUCCGAAUGCUGGAGCAGCUGGCUACGCCCCCAGAGGGAUGAGUGCACUUGUGCUCAGAUCCUGCUUGUUAGUUUCCCACAAGCAUCUGGCUGGCCUCUGUGAGAACAGGAUGCUGGACUAGAUGGAUCAUUGGCCUGAUCCAGCAGGCUGCUCUUAGUUGUACUUGGAAUAGACUCUUUGCAGUUACUGUGCACGAUUAACACAGGCCUCAUAAAUUUAAGGGUCUACUCUAUGAGUAAAAUUAUGUUGGAUACAACCAUUGCGCUUUAAAAAGGGACCUUGAUCUGAAAGGGUGCAAGACUGCCCUACAUUAUUGCAUUUACAUUUUUCUCCAUCCCCUUUGUGCCCUGAGAGAACUGCAAGGGAGUCACUUAUUUGGCUAAAUAUUAGAGGGCACUUCAUAGAGGUAGGAGCUUUUCAAAUGAGACUAUCUUGGGGAUGGGGGUGGCCUUUCUGUUGCAGGAGGUCCUUUACCCACAGCAUUUUUUUCAAGGAUGUUGAGGUUGCAGGGUAGACCCUUUGUCCAGCAGGGAGUUGGACUAGAUGCUGUUUGAAAGACCCUUCAAGGAUUGUUAUGCAUUCCUCUUUUUUAUCAUUUUUAUUAGUUUUCCUUUACAAUAAUCCAAUAAUAGCCUCAUUAUAACAAUGCCAAAUUAUAAUACAAUUAUUAAUACUAAUCAUUUAGAUGCCAAAUUAUAUAAUUUUGGUCCCCUCCCAUGUGCUAGAAUUGAUGGUUUGAUGAUUUACUUUAUUUCUGCGUUCCAGAAUCUUAUUAAUUUCAGUUACACUCCAGUCAAAAUAACAAUCCCUUAAACAACAACUGCACUUUUAACUACUUCCAUUCAUAUUGACACAUUAAAUUAUUUGUAAAUCUACAGGUGAAGCAUUCAAACUGUAUCCUUGUUCUUCCUGUGUGGAUUGUUAUGCAGUCCUAGACUGGACAUGACUACUUACAGUGGUACCUUGGGUUACAUACGCUUCAGGUUACAUACGCUUCAGGUUACAGACUCCGCUAACCCAGAAAUAGUACCUUGGGCUAUCGUGCUCCGGUGGCAUGGCGGCAGCAGGAGGCCCCAUUAGCUAAAGUGGUACCUCAGGUUAACAACAGUUUCAGGUUAAGUACGGACCUCCGGAACGAAUUAAGUACUUAACCCGAGGUACCACUGUAUAUGAUUCAGUUGUUUCAAUUGUGUUACUCUGGGUGUAACUUACAACUUCUCUCCUCCCCCUUUUUUAAUCUCCAGAGACCAGGAAAAGAAAAUUCUGUGCAAAGCAAAAUCAAGAACCGUGUGCUGCUGUGUGCCCCAUCCAACGCUGCUGUCGACGACCUGAUGAAAAAAAUAAUUCUUAUGUUCAAGGGAAAAUGCCAGGACAGUAGCAGUCCUUUGGGUACAUUGAGUUCUUGCCCAGUUCUCAUCUGUGGAAGUCAUGGUUUGGUGGGAGCAAUUGGCUUGGUUAUAGCUAAAUGCUAAGACUUAUUCAGGGUUUAAGUCACUUAGGACUGUGCUCCCACCCUUUCAGUGUAGUUAGCAGUAAUUACGCUGACUGUAGCAUAUGUUCUUGCAGAAAAGUCAUUCCAAAUGGGGCCUGGUGCCAUCUCAGUUUAUCUUUUAGACUCCAAGCAUGGUCUUUCCUGUAUAUCCUUACGCUUUUUAAAAAGGAUAUUUAGGGUCCUUUGAGAUAUUUUUAAUGCUGCACUUGUCUACUGAAAGGUUUGCUUCAUUUCUUUUUGCUAGUUUUAGUGGUUUUAAAAAAUUGUUAUUUGUAUAUAUUUUUUUUGGUAAACCAUCCUAUGGGUGUUUUCAGCAAAAGAACGUUAAGUACCUAAGAAGAGCCUGCAGGAUCAGGCCAAUGGUCCACAUAGCCCUCUUCCAGUUCUCAUAGUGACCACCCAAAAACCUAAAUGCUGCAACCUUUCCUUGUAGGAGAGUUGCUCUAUCCCCUUGAUCAUUUAGUUGCCCUUUCCUGAACAUUUUCCAACUCUUAACUCUUAAUGUGCAAGAUGCAGAAUUCAGGAUUUGCUAAGCAGAUCAAAAUUGUUUGUGAAAUGCUUUUCUUUCUUUUUCAAAAAACUAACUGUAAUGUAGCAAGGCACUGAGUAUCUGUUUUACAUCCAGGAAACUGUGGUGACAUCAACUUGGUGAGACUGGGACAAGAAAGCUCCAUCAGCAGGGACGUCUGGAAGUUUAGUCUAGAUGCCCAGGUCGACCAUGAAAUAAGUGAGUAUCUUAUAAAGGGGUUUUUUCACGGUCCCCCCCCCCCCCAAAUAUUUUAUUAGAAGCAUUUCAUUUAUAAGAAGAGAGUGAGGAAAGAGAAAGAAAAUGAGUGAGAAUGAAAAAUAGAAAAUUCUGUUACAUUACCCUACAUAAAUAUCCAGAUGUGUAUAUUCUUCUUAUUCUAAUACACAUAUAAUUGUCAGUAGUUUAUUCUGUGUAAACUUAUUCCAAAUAUUAUUGUAUAUAUCCGAAGAAAGUCUGCAUCCAUAAGCUGUCCAAUCAUAUGUUAAGCCAUUGAUUAAGGGGAAUCGUGUCUCUGUUCUUCCAAUUCAUCAGUAUUAGUCUCUUGGCCACCAUUAGGGCAUGUAGAUUCCAUUUUUGCUGUCCUUUUGUCAAUUUCCAUACAAUGGGUAUAUAGCUCAAGAGCACAUUCACCUCUGAAAAUCUUAAUUUUUUCCAUAGGGUCUUUGUUUAUAUAGUUCAGCACUACCUCCCCAAAACUUAGUAAGUUGGGACACAGUAAAAACAUAUGUUUCAAGGAAGCACUGUCUAUAUUACAGCUCCAACAAAGAGCUACAUUAGAUAGUCCUUUCCUAUACAAACAUAAGGGAGUCCAGUAGAAAAUAAUACUUAGAAUCUACUGGACUCCCUUAUGUUUGUAUAAGAUCUAUUGAUGCAUCUGAUACUGAAGCUAUGACAUUUUCCUUCUGUCUGGGAAAUAGAGAGCAUUCCAAAUCUUUAUUCCAAUAAUUUCUUAGAGUUUAAGAAAUUAAACUUUAUCAAACUUAUUUGUUGAUAGUAAAUAACUAUAAAAAGUAAUCCUGCCUUUUUAGUUUCAAAUGAAUUAUCCAAUUGCUCCAAAAUCUCUGGUGUGUCAUAUGUUGUGAAGGCUGCUGGACCAAAGAUGUUGUUGCUGCAAGUAUUGCCAUUGGGCCACCUCUGACAGAUAGUAUUUUUCUCUUAGAGCAUCAUACAUGUAAAAUUUGUCUUCCUCAUCUAUCAGUUGGUUUUCCCCCAUGGUCAAUUGUCUCUUGAUUAGUUGUUUUAAUAGUGAGGUCCAAAAGUUGGCCUCUGUUCUAUCUGAAAUUGUCUUCCCAGAUCAUAAGCCCAGAGCAGGGAUUAGCUGAGGGGAUGAAAUCCUGUAACAUCAUCCUAUCCCUCCCAUCCUAUCCAGGUCUGUAGCUGGAGAUUGUUUAAUUAAAUAAAUUUAUACGUGCAGGUUCUGCUUAGCAAACACAAUGUGUUUCUUGGAAAUGGUUUGUUAGGAACUACUUGUUUUCGAAAGCACAUCAAAGUGCAAGUAGAUAAAUAGGUACCGCUCCGGCAGGAAGGUAAACGGCAUUUCCAUGCGCUGCUCUGGUUCGCCAGAAGCGGCUUAGUCAUGCUGGCCACAUGACCCGCCGGCUCCCUUGGCCAGUAAAGUAAGCAUUGAAUUUCAGUGUGUGAGAGAAAGCAUCUUGGUAAGUGACCAACAUUCUGUUUCAAAAGUGGAAUAUAAAUGACUAAACUAAAAGCACUUGGUUGAAUUCCUUAGGCAAAGCAGCCCUUGGCAGACAUCAAGAUAUCUGCAAACGAAAAGAAGAUCUGGAUCGACAGCUGGACAUGAUUUGUCGCCAGCGUGCUAUAGCAAAAACCCAAAGCGCUGGCCAGGUACUUGUUUGUUAGCAUGGGUAAUUGGACUAGGAUUAGCCUGUCCAAAUCAGGCUGUUGAGUAGGCUGGCAUUCCGAAACUUGUUUAGACCUGCUUUGCAGUUAAACGUGUCAAGGCAUGAGGGAGGGGCCAAAACAUGGUGGUGUCGUGUUUCACUUGUUCAAGAAUGGGGGGCUCAAGUAACAAGGGGGCUGUGCAGAACAAAAUGUUUUUAGUAAGAUUUGUUGAGUUAGAGCGUUGGUCCAUCUAGCUCAGCAUUGUCUGCUCUAACUGGCAGUCACUGUCCAGGGUUUCCGGCAAGGGUCUCUCCCAAACUUACCUUGAGAUGCCACUGGGGAUUGAACUGGGUCCCUCUGUGUGCAAAGCAGAUGCUCUAUCUCUGCACAGCAGCCUGUCCCCUAAAAUGAAAUAAGGUUCCAGUCCUCGUGGUUCUGAAUUAAAGCUGACCUAAUAGCUGCUCUUCACUGAAUCAGACCAUUGAUCUCUCUAGCAUUGUUUACAUCAGGGUGGUUUGAGGUUUUUUGCUUCGCUAGAAUGUGUCCUUGGAGUUUUGCUUUCCUGGAUAGCAAAUUGGGAGAGGGGUGUAGAAUUGAGUCAGCUGUACAAAGGGAACACCCAUUACUGACAAGUGACCCCUGCAAACUUGCUCAGAAAGGGAUGCAGCCUGAGGUUGAAAAAGGUUCAUCACCCCUGAUCUACACUGACAGGCAGCAGCUUUCCAGGGUUUCAGACAAUGGAUAUUCCUCCCUGGAAAUGCUAUUGAGGACUGAACUGGAGAGCUUCUGCAUGCUUAGCAGAUACUGCUGCUGAGCUCAGGAAGCUGCCUUAUCUUUCAUCCAUCCAGCUCAUUUUCUCAAUACUGACAGGCAACAGCUCUCUGGGGUUUCAGACAGUUACCUGCCUAGCCUUACCUGGAGAUGCCAUUGGAGAUUGAAUCUGGGACCCUCUGCAUCCAAAGCAGAUGCUCUGCUGCUGAACUAUGGUCUUCCCCAUGCUUGGUUGUUUAUGCUUUUCAAAAAUAUAUGUUGCUAUGGCCGUUGGCUAAUGUGAAUAAAGUUUAUCUUGCUAAAAAUAAGAGUGCAACUUUUCCCCUUUCUUUCAGCUGCAAUUAUUAGACAAGGAGAUUUGCAGACUUGGAGAGGAAAGAAAGAGGCUCACUGUUCAACUGAAGAAGGUAACCAUUUGUUCUUUAAGGUGCUCUUAAAAACAGCCUCACUGAAUGAACUGCUUUGUUUCGUCAUGCAAAAAAGUGUUUGUAUCUCAAGUUAGCUCCAGCUAGGAUAUAUCUCUCAUUACCGCAGAUCACUGAUGGUGCUGCUGCUCUGUUGCACAUCAGUCAUGUGCCAUAAACUCAGUCCAGCCAUAGACUUAUAUGCAUUUGUGGGGGCUCAGAAAUCAUCGAGUCCAGUGUCUUCCUUUCUGUUCAGCUAUUAAGGUGCCAGUCUGAGCCUUGAAAAGCACAUCAAAUUAAAAGAAGAAGUUACAAGUGUAGCGCUCCCUCCCACUCUUUCAGCUCUACAAGUUGUAUGCAACUAAAUUUUAAUGGGCUCACUAUGUUAUUAAUUGUGUUGGAUACAACCUUUUGCACUUUCCAAGGCAGGGGGUAGCUCUCCUCACCACCCUGUGGCACAGAAGGUGGGGCUCAGGGGCUUGGUGGGCAUCGGGAGAAGUGGCACUGUUGUACUCUUGAGUGCCACACUGGUGAACACAUAUGCCUUCAUUUGACUCUAAGCAGGUAUUGGCUGUGUUCAUCAUGAGUCAUAGGAGCACAGGGAAGCUGUGUUAUACUGAGACCAUUGGUCUGUCUAGGUCAAUACUGUCUGCACUGACUGGCAGUGGCUGUUCAGGAUUUCAGGCAGGGGACAUCCAAAACCCUAACUGAAGAUACUGGCCAAUGAAGCUGCCACCUUCUGCAUUCAAAAUGGGUACCUCUCCACAGAGCUAUGGCCCUUCAUUUUAGCAUCUAAGCCACUUCUUCCUCUAAAAGGAGCUGAAUUCAUCUUUAACCACACACCAAGCAUGGACUUAUUGUAAAAACAAAUCAGGCAGCUGAAAGAAAACUGGGCUCUGUCUGAAAACUAGGUCUUCUUCAAAAUGAAAUUCCUGGCUCUUAUUUUCCAGGACUGCGGACGAUCGCAAGGCGAUUUGAAAGCGAACAUCAUCCUGAAGUCGCACAUCAUCUGCUGCACACUGAGCACCAGUGGGAGUAGCAUGCUGGCAUCAGCAUUCCGGCGGCAGGGCUGUGACCCUCUGAGCUGUGUCAUUGUGGAUGAGGUUAGUGGGCAUUAUGGCAGCAAGGGGGUAUUCAGAGGGGAGGAUGUCAUUGGUACCUUUUAGGCAUUGCAGAAACAACCCUUUUCAUUUUAGCUGGCUUUGUAUUUAUUUGAUUGUUUAUUUCUACCAUUGACACCACCUUCUGACACUAAAAGCCCUCAAGGCAGCUUUUUUGUUCAAUGUGAUUGAUUGUUUCUGGAGAUAUAGCCUGUUUUUUCUUCCUCCUAUUUUGAGAUGUGUAUGAGUGGCUUGCCUGGGGGUUUUUUGUUGGAGGUACUGGUGAGUCAGAGCCUUGCCAGUUUUUCUUCCAUGAAAUGGGUAUUUUGUGGAGCCCAUAACAGUUUCUUAGAUUUCCAGAUAGGCCCCUGAGCUCCAAAAGGUUGGGUAUUCCUGUUAGCAAACGAAGGAUGUUUCCUUAUAUUCAAUGAGACCAUUGACCCAUCUUGCCUAUCCUGACUGGCUGCAGCUCUCCAGGGUUUCAGGCAAGAGUCUCUCCCAGCCCUACCUGGAGAUGCCACUGGGGAUUGAACCUGGGACCUUCUGCAAAUCAUGUGCCUUUUGGAGGGCAUCUUGUUGUCUACCCUUAGACAGGCCUCUCUUACCACCUUACACUUUUCUCUGCAGCAUAACAGCAGCAGUAAAUAUACUUUGCCUAUAAGGACUGCCACUUGAUUCCUCUUUCUCUGACCCUAGGCCUGAUCACCACAUUUCACAGCCUUCCUUCUGGCAGUAAGGAGUUUUUCCUUUUGCAGCUCAGACCAGUGGUUCCUCCAUCCCAGAGAGCAGCAGCACCCCCCCCCCUUUGAACCUUCUGCCAGCGAAGUUUUUCUCAAAGAUGCCUAGAGCAGGGGACCUGAGAGUUGCAAAGCUUGUUCUUGGUCCCAGAACCCCGAUUAAUAUCUUUGUAAGGGGAAAGAAUUAUAUUAAUAGACGUAAGCUGUCAAGCAAGCCACCCUGCCCCAUCUUACAGCUUGGCUGAAGGCAGUCAAUCUUGGGCCAUGAGCACGCUCUCCUCUGUCACUCCAUUUAGCAAAAUCUGACACUGUCCCCAGCUCCUGGCAAGAACAACAUGCAGAGUCUUAAUUUUCUGUGUGUGCUGAGAUUUGAAAAUGAGUUUUCCUCUUGGCUUGAGUGCUUUGCACAUUUUUGAGGGUGGGCAUUUUGAUUUGAUGCCAAGAUAAAUCCCGCCCCCACUGGCUAUCCACCAAUCUCAAGUUGAAGAAGCCAUUUUUUUAAAAAAACACCUCAACACUUUAAAAUUCAGUUGCUGUAAUCCAAGAACAAAAUAGUCUUGUUUGUAUGUUAACAUUUAGCUGUGCAGUUGAGCAUUAUGUGAAAGGGCUCCCAUUUGGGGCUGGUUAGAGUUGCAGUUCCGAGACCUUUGAUGGGCACUUGCUGGGUUGGGAGGGAAAGCUGAACUAGAUCAAAAUAACCAUACAGGGAAAGCAGAAAUACAUUGAAAUGGGAGGCAGACAAAUAAAUGUUGGAGGGCUAGGAAUUUGGGAUGAUUAUUAUUUUUAAUGCAAGAUCCCCAGGAACCUCCCCUCUAUCUGAAGACCCUGGCUUUCCCUCUCCUCCUGAAAACUGGCUCCUGGGGGUUGAAGUGGAUGAGCUGCAGGUGUGGGGCUGGGGGUGGGAAGGGGGAGCAGGAUUUGAUGCAAGAUGGCUCCUGCAGCAAGAUCCUAGGAUCCAUUCCUGUGGCUUUUCUGUCAUUGCCUGGAAUAUACCUCUCUUCCUGUCACACCAUUCACACAGGUGUGUUUUUCUUCUUAAAAGGCUGCACAGUCUUGUGAGAUGGAAAGUCUCAUCCCGCUCACUCAUGGCUGCAAAAAACUGGUCCUGGUUGGAGACCCAAAGCAGCUUCCUCCCACAGUUAGAUCUAUGGUGAGUACGGCACAAAUUAAGGUGUUUUCUCUAUCCCAGGAAAGAUGAAGUUGUGCAGCCGGGAGCUGGCAUUCUGUUUAUCUCAUGACCCUGUUACUGGCAUGAAUAAAGUAGACCACCUAUCAGCUCCUUAAUGGCAUAUGAGCUGUUUCCAGUGACGAUGACUGAAUUACUUUGCCUGAUCAAAUGAAUCACACAGUUUUGCAGGCUUUUCUGAAAUCAGCCCAUGUGGCUCCCAUUUUGGUAGACAACAGAGCUUUUGGUGAAAGAUUUAUCUACCCAAGCACGCUGGGAUACAUUCCAGUGGCAGGUGAGGCAGAGGCAAAAGUGGGUAGGGCCAGUGUUUUAAAAUGCAUUUUAAAAAUGUAUAUUAAGAAAUAUUCCCAUAGCAGGAGCCUUUGAGAGACUUUUGCUGCUCAAGCACCACUAAUUCUCUUAGUUCUGAUGCACUGGGGAGAACGUCAGAAGAGGGGAGAUGUUCCUGCACUCUUUUUCUCCUGCCAUCUUCCCCACAUUCCAGUAUAUAAAAAGUAGGGUUAUUUCAUGGGACUGUUAAUUUCCCAAGCCUUUUAUGUAGCUCAAGAGGGCUCAUUCAUUCGUAAUCUCUACUUCAAACAUCUCUUCCCUGCCAUGAACCUACCCCUGCCUCAUUCCCUCCCCCUCCCAAUUUGUGAAAUGGGCAUAAUAUUACUGAUUUCCCUUUAUAGGAUGGUGGUAAGGGUUAUCACAAGGUAAUGUACAUGGGACACUUUGAGCCCUCUAAGGUAAAGGUAAAGGUACCCCUGCCCGUACGGGCCAGUCGUGUCCGACUCUAGGGUUGUGCGCCCAUCUCACUUAAGAGGCCGGGGGCCAGCACUGUCCGGAGACACUUCCGGGUCACGUGGCCAGCGUGACGAAGCUGCUCUGGUGAGCCAGCACCAGCGCAGCACACGGAAACGCCGUUUACCUUCCCGCUAUAAAGCGGUACCUAUUUAUCUACUUGCACUUAGGGUGCUUUCGAACUGCUAGGUGGGCAGGAGCUGGGACCGAAAGAUGGGAGCUCACCCCGCCGCGGGGAUUCAAACCACCGACCAUAUGAUCGGCAAGUCCUAGGCACUGAGGUUUUACCCACAGCGCCACCCACGUCCCUUGAGCCCUCUAAAUCACUGUAAAUGUUAAACUGUAAACUAAUACUGAUCUCCAAGCCCUCAUGUUUAUGUAGCCAAAAUGUGGUAGCUAUGCACAAAAAAAUGCAGCUUGCAGCAGCCAUGCAGAAAAUGCAACAGCCAUGCACAAGACGGAGCUAUCAGUGGACUUGGUUUGGCCUCUCAGUUUGCAGAAGUACAAAAAUAUGGCUGGGGGGACCUAAUGUUGUUUCUUCCAAAAACAUCCCAGUGAGAACUGAGUGUGCCCAUGAAAUAUUGGCUUACUCUUGGAGAGGGAAAAGACAAAAAACCCAGAGGGUGUGGAGUUAGCUGUAUACCCUGAGCAAUUUUACAUGGCAACCUCUUGUUCUUUAGUUGCUGUCUGCACCUGACCCACCCACUGAAAGUCUCAUUCCUCCUCCUCUCUCUUGCUUCUUUCCCACAUUGACAGAAAGCUGAGGAAUACGGCUACGGGCAGUCUCUGAUGGAGCGGCUGUGCAGACAGCUGGAUGCGCAGCUCCAGAAUAAAGUCAUUGACAGGCUUCCAGUCCUGCGCUUGACCACUCAGUACAGGAUGCACCCCGAUAUCUGCCUCUUCCCUUCUAACUACGUCUACAACCGUGCCUUGAAAACUGACAUGUGCGUAGUCAUCUUUUUGUUAUUGAUUAUCUCACCUCAAGUCAACAGACAUUGAAGGAGAAGAAGUAGACGAAUGAAUGUGGAUGAAUGAACCUGAAUGUGGACAAAGGUUCUACUUUAUCCUGGAUUUUUCAGAACCCCCAAGUCCAGUGGUGGGUCGGCUGUGCUCUCCAGAUGUUGCUGGAGUCCAGCAGCCCCAGCCAGGAGGUCCAGUGGUCAGGGAUGGGGGGACUUGUAGUCUGGCAACACCUGGACAUCAUAUCCGGGCUGUGUGCGUGUGUGUGUUUUAGAGGGGGGGGGGGAAUACACUUGCUCAUGCACUACAGGUGAGUACUCAGGUGAGUGAAAAUUCUGCACAUGAUCAUAGGCAUCCAUCCUGACUCCUUCUGGCAACCUGAUUUGAUACUUAAAAAAUAAUAAUCUUUCUUUCUAACCAUUUCUGAAAUGUUACUCUUGAAUUAUGUGCUCUCUGAUACUUGACUGGAUUUGUAUAGUGGCAAGUAGCUAUAUUUAUUCCAAGCUGCUGCUGCUGCUGCUGCUGCUGCUGCUGCGCUUUUUAAAAAUAAAUAAAUAAAAUAAAAUAAAAUUCUGUGCCCUUACACUUCAAAUUCUGUCAGGAAAUGCUGGUUUAAGUGACAUGCAUGAAUUGUGCAUAUGACUCGCUCAUUGUUUUUGUAAUUUAUCUUACUUUGCACAAUUUCUUAGCUGGGUUUUCUGUUGCUCCUGGGAAAGUCAAAAGCACUCCAGAAAACUUGUUCUGACUUCAUUCUUGCUCCUGGGGGCUUUGGCAGGCAUUGCCUUUGUGCUUUCAGGCAUUAAGGCUCGAAACAACUUAUUUUUACUGAAUGGAAGUUAAAAUUAUCAAAAAGUUGGAUUUCACACCCAGUAUCAUGUUCUGCAGAAUCUCAGCAUGCCAACAGCACUGAAAACAGCUUUCAUGCCCUGUUGUCUCUGCAGAACUGGGUGAUUCGUUGGAAUCUGUGACACCACAUUUAGGAUUAAGUGUACCCCAAAGAAAAUCAUAUGAGGCACAGUUGCUUAAACUUUUGUUUUCAAGCAAUCCAGACUAUGUGGCAAAGGGGGUGAUGCUUUUCAAAGGGCAGGGAGACAGGAUACUGUAGAAACAGGGAAUGAGAGUCUUGGGGAAGAACCAGGAUGCUAAGUUCUCAAACCCUAACUGCUGAAAGAACUUCUCAGAGUCCCAUAGACUUUCUGAACCUUCACCAGGGAAAAUCUGUAUAAGCCUCUGCAUUUUUUCACCCUUCCAUGGCUAAUCUCUGCCUGUGCUUGUCAUACUUUUGGAAUGUUUCCCUGUCUCCCUGACAUGCAGGGCCGUAGCUAGGGGGUGUCAAGGUGGGCCCCCGCCAGGGGCAUAGGCGAUGGGGGAGGGACGCAAAAUUGGCUUAAAAAUAUGCCUAUAAAUAAAUAUAAAUAUUGAUUAUUGCCUCAUAAGAAAUGGUUUUAAAUAGAAGGUGAAUUGAAUGGGGGGGCGGUUGGAGGAGAGGCAGAAAGAAGAGCUAAUUUGUCUGUGACUAGUUCUGCCAGGGGCACAAGAUCACCUGGCUACGGCUCUGCUGACAUGCUAGUUUUCUCCAGGUGGGGAAUACCGUGUGAAUGGACAGUGUCUCCUCCAGGAGUAAAGAAUUUAGCCAAUUGACUUUCAACACUGUUUUUUAAAAGCUAUUACAUGGUGACUAUUUUCAUGGCGUUACAGGAGGACAGAAGAGAACCGAUUCUCUAAGGAUUGGCCCUUCCUACCGUACCUCCUCUUUGAUGUUUUGGAUGCCCAUGAGAUACGGGAGAGCGAGUAAGAUACUCAUUUAUUUGCUUGUUAAAUGUGUAGUCUGCUUUUUUCACGGCAGCUAGCAGCAGUGAAAUAAAAAAGCAAAAUACAAAACAAACAAAUUCAAGUAAAAACCAAUACAAAUUAAACAUUAUUGAUUUGUUUUAAUUUAUUAUAUUUGUUAGCUGCUUUUUACACAAACAAGUCUCAAACCAACUUAACAGAUUAAAAAACAAAGAAGACUAAAAACCUUCAAAAAAACAAAAUGCAUAAUUUUAUAAACUUCUACUGCAUUGCCAUUUCUCUAAAGUAAGAAGCCCCAAAGGCUGCAACCUUUCCUCAUAGGGAGAGUUGUUGCAUCCCCUUCAUCGUUUAGGUUGCCCUUUGCUGAGCCUGGCUCAAGGACCCCUUAGUUCAGCAUCCUGUCCUCAAAGGGGCCAAACAGAUGUCCCACUGGAAAGCCUGCAGCAGUCUUAAUCUGAUCUUUCCCACUGUCCGCUACAGCAAGAGCAGGUGGCAGUUUGGGCAGCCAUGUCCUCCUUCACUGCUGACAAAGAGUUUUGAGAGCUACCUUUUUUUCAGAGUUGGGGAGAACCAAUAAGUUUGAAGUCAACUUUUAGGUCACCUAGCCAGAACCAUGAGGGGGCAGGGUAUGUCCCCCAAACCCCCCUUCAAGAGAAACGAACAGCCUGUGCUGACAUUUAACCUGAGGCACUCAUCCAUCUACAAGGCCCUUCCGCUCAUCCUUUUCUUCUUCCCCCCCUUCUUUUUACUACUUUCUUGUUCAGUUCCUUCGUCAAUCUCCAGGAAGUGAAACUGGUCGUAGAAUUAAUGACGUUAAUUACAGAAACGAAGAAAAGCAUCAACUAUCGUAACAUUGGGAUCAUCACCCCAUACAGUGCUCAGAAAAGAAGGAUCCUGCUCGAGUUGGAGAAACAAUUUGGAAGAGAAGAAAAGGGGUAAAAGCUUUGCAAGCCUUGAGUGGUCAGGGAAUUAUGGGAAUCUGAGUCCCACAAGCAGGAGAUGGAAGAAUUCCUCUAUGGAGAAAAGGCAUUCCCUCAGGGGAAAGGGAGGAUGCUUCUCAAAUCAGAGCUGGGAAACCUGUGUCCCUCUCGAUGCUUCUGGACUCCCAACAGCCCCAGUCAGGAUGGCCUGUGGGGGGGGGGAGAUACUGUCCAGCACCACCUGGAGGGCCAGGGUUUCCCCAUCCCUGUGGUGUACAAAAGUGCAGUAGUCUGUCCAUAAUCUCCCUGCUGGAUGAAGCCAAGGGUCCAGUUUAUUUAUUCAUUGUGUUUAUAUCCCACCUUUUCCUCCAAGGAGCUCAAGGUGCUGUACAUGUUGUCCCUCUCCUCUUUUAAGUCCCACAACCGCCCUGUGAGGCAGGCUGGGCUGAGACCCACUUUCGUGGCUGAGCAGGGAUCUGAAGCCUGGUCUCCCAGCUCCUAGUCCAACACUCCAGCCACUACACCUCACUGCCUCCAGAUGCUUCUAGGAAACCCACAAGCUGGGCACCUUGUCUUCAGAGGUGGACUGCCUCUGCAUGUGGAGAUUGCGCACUCCUUGCAGCCGCAGACAAGUCUCUCCUCCACUCACCAUCUCCCCUGCUCUCUGGAACACCUGACCAGUGACCUUCACUCCUUCAUCUCUACCACCCUCGGUGGCCGGAAGGCCUCCUGUUCCUUUGAACAACUCCCCUGAUACUUCCUUGCUGACCCUUUGUGUCUGGAACUCCCUCUCCAAGAACACUUGCAGUGCGCCAUGACCCUUCCCUAUCUUCCUUCAAAAGUGAUGUCUCUGGUGAGGCCUUUCAUUUGAGGCCUUCCCUGCUGCUGAAGAACACUUGGGCAGCCAUUCCUUGCUGGACUUGCCUGCACUUACUUAUUUCAUAAAAUAAAAACUUCCCUCCCUCUGUUUCCCUGUUGUUAAAAUGUACAUUGUAGGCUCCCUGGGGCAGGGAUCUCUCAACUUAGAUGAUAGUAAAGCUAGGGCUGCCAUACAUCUGGAUUUUACCAGAUGUUACCAGGAUUUCAAAGGCGGAAUUGACAUCUGGGGGGAUUUCUGGAAGGUGGCCUUUUGUCCCGGGUCUUUUUGAAAUACGGCAACCCUAGAAAGUGUAUGUAAACAAAAAUAUUUUCCCCUCCUAAAAACUCAUUUCUUUAUGCAGCAGCUGUGUGUGAAAUAUAGGAUAUGUUCUCAUUUUAGAAGUGGAACAAGUGAUGUGCCGCAGCCCAUUCAGUGACUCUGGUAAUCUUCCCUCCGCCCCUCCCUCUUUUUCCACACACACAGACAAUAAGUGCAGAGUUUUCUUCUAAUGUCAUAAGAGUGUGGCUUGUUUCCUUCUUAGUUUCACCUCUGCUUUUGAGAGGCAGUACUAGUAAAAAGAAAUGUGUUGAAUGGCUCUGUACAUUCCUUCCUUUUUCAGCGUUGCAGAAGUCGACACUGUGGAUGGGUUCCAGGGCCGUGAGAAGGACUGCAUCAUUGUCAGCUGUGUCAGAGCGCAAAGCACGCAAGGGUCAAUAGGGUAAGGCUUUGCUGUUGUUUUGUGAUGUGUCAACUGGGGUGCCUCUGCUGGAAAUUCUAGGGCUCGGGUGCAAUCCUUGGGGUGGUCAAGUGUGUGGGCCAUUGUCCACAAGUCACAGUUGUCUGUUAGAGCCCCCGUUGGUCUCUGGCCGCAUUCUUGCAGCCACCUGCGAUGCCCAUAAGGGAAUUCAGGAGAGGAGAGGUUUGUGGUCCCACAAUAGUCUUUGCAGGGGGUGAGGGCAGGCCUAGGCCAUGUGAGCUUCGUCACUGCAGCUCUCUUACUGCAAUGAACUUCCCAUUCCUGACGCUGACAAAAUGGCUUCUCUGAGGGAGCUUCCGCUGUGUCUCACUGGGGGAGAGGAGAAAUGGAGCACCAAACCCCUCUCCUUCCUGGCAGGCAAGGGGUUUGGUGCUCUCAGAUGUGACCCGGCAGAAUUGUUGGCCCCACGGACGGCUGAUGGGGUGAAAUCAGGCAAACAGGGCUGCAUUUCUUUUGGUUUUCCUUUAUAGGUUUGGGUUUUUCCUGUUUUUUUAAGAAGGAGAAAAAGGUCACAGCUGCGCUAAUGGUGCCUUUCUGUUUUGCAAGUCACCUUUGGAAUGAAUAAAAUAUUCAGGCACAGUUUUGAAAUAUUAACGAGAGUUUUCACAUGAAUCACAACAAAUAAUAUUAAUCCGCCAAUGGUUUGUGCUGCAGGGGGGUGUGUGUGUGUGGCCAAGGUCUAAAGCUGGUUCCCACCACCAGCCCACUUCCUUUCCACCUGGGGGGUGGUGGUGGUGGUGGAAGGGCACUCUGUGCUUGGAAGCCACAUGGUGGGGGGGGGGGUGUGUAGCUGAAAUUGCCAAAGCAGAUCAUGGACUGACUUCUACGAUUUAUGCCCCAAGCUUCUCACUUUGCUCUCAAAUGAUGUCCAAUAAAGGAGGCACCCAAGGAACAAUUAAAUUAAAUGAUAAUUAAAGCUAUCGAUAAACAACCAUUUUGAGUGUUUUAAAUUAUAAUCUUAAAAGGUAUUUCAUAAAGAACCUAUGAGGGAGGCAGAGAGAAGCUAAAAUAUUGCAAAGCAAGGGAAAAAACCAUGUAUAAAUGAACAUCACUAAUAAAUAUUCACCACUAACGAAAUUGAUCAAAAUCAGGGCCUCCAAUAAAAAAUGUAAAGCAGAAACAUGGCAGCAGGGGGUUGUCUCUACUCAGAGGAGGCCCACAGAAAUUAUACAUAGACAUGGAAACCUUGGUAGGAAUGCCUGCAACCUUUUAGUAGUGCACUUACAAAUGGAUUUCUAAUGCCCUUGAAACUUCAACUGGGAUUUAGUGAACCCCACGGGGGUCAGCUAGGAGGACACGGGGGGCACUGCCCAUCCUGAGCCAGCUUCACCUGUGGCUUGUUUUGCCCCCUCCAGGUUCCUGAAGAGUCUGCAGCGGCUGAAUGUCACCCUCACCCGAGCCAAGUACAGCCUCUUCAUCCUGGGACACCUGAAGACGCUCAUGGUACGUGGAAGAAGGCGUAAAGUCUCUCUCUGGAGAUAUACGUCAGCUCUCCUUGUAGAGAAAAGCGGGACUUGGAAGGCCAGUGGUGGUGCCCUGGCAGUGCGGGGGGCUUGGCCCAAGGCCCCCCCCUCCCAUCGCCUCCCAAAGCCAUAAAUCAAGCCUACUUCAUAGGGUUGUUUGGAGGAGCAGGGUGCCAACAGGCCCAGUACGCUGUGUCUAUAGGUGGUGCCCUCUGCCUGCCCCUGAAAAGGGGGCACAGAUUUGCUGCUCUGGCUGUGGCAGGUGAGGAUUGCAGUUCAAAGCUUCGGGAGGGAUCCAGGCUGGCCAGGAGUGUUGUAGACAAUUCAAUCUUUUGAAUCUGCGGGGUUGGGGAAAAUGUUGGGCCACAUUUAUUCAUUCAUUUAUUGAAUUUAGGUCCAGCCCUCAAGAGCCCAGGGUGGUAAACGUAUUAGACACAAAACAAUGGUUUAAAGAGCCUUCUAAGAAGAGCUACAGCUCUAAACCUCUUUGGAAAAGGCAUUCUCUCAUCCCGUAUCCAGUGUCCUUCAGCCACCGAAGGCACCUGUGUAAACAAACAGGUUUCCAAACUCCUCCUGAAAGGCAACAAUGAGGGAGACAGGCGCAGCUCCCCAGGGGAGGGGGCCACCACAAAGAGGGAGCUACCACUGAGAAGGUCCUGUUGGGGGGGUCAGUGCCAUCUCAAUUUUGUCCCUGCUUGUGGGCGCCCAGAGGAACCUGAAACUCGGGUUUCAUAGAUUGUAAAACUCACGUUACUCUAGCUCUUUCACCAGUUGAUCUUAGACUGGCAGUAUGGUAUUCCAGAGCUAAGGAAGCUGUGGGCUGCUGGACUACAACUCCCAUCACUCCUGACCAUUGAACACUGUGGUUUUUCAUGCAAGGCCAAGCAUGGCAUUUCUGGGAGGUGUUUGUGAGAUGCUGUAAGGGCCGGGGAUCCUGCAGCCCUGCAGAUGUGCGAUGCACAGCAGGGUGGUGAGAGAUGGAGUUCAGCAACUUCUGCAGGGCCACAAAGGUUCCCCACUCCUUCCUCUGUGCUAGUAUGCCAGCUGUGUGCAGGGGAGCGUUGGUUCUAAGCAUAGAAAGGGAUGCCGUCCUCUGCCAUGCUGGUUGCCUCUGUCCCAUCAGACUCCUGUCCUGCCAGUUGUCUCCCAGGGAGGCGCUUGGGCUGGGAGUGAGCCCAGUCGGGGGAUAAAGCAGCUGGCAUGGGGGACUCCCCUCUUUCCAUCCUGGCACUUUCCUGCAUGAGGUCACAAUUACUCCCAUAUUGGGCGCAAAGUCUUCAUAUGGUCCUUUUCCCCAGCCUUGUACCAUAACGACUUUGCCACUAGAGGGCCUCCAAUCCAGGUUUGUCCAUUGGAAGGCCUGGCAAUGAUGGUUUGCUCCUGUAAAGUUCAGAGUUGUGAACGGAUUCCUGUUAAACACUCGUUUCCCUGCUGCUGCUGCUGCUUGUUUUGUAACUGCAGUGAGGAGGGAAGGAUCCUUAUAGCCCGAGUACGGGCAUAUUGGAGGGAUCCUCUGUUGUGUGUUCACAAUCCACUGUUUACCAGUGGGUGCAAUCCAGAGGAAGUUUGUCCUCCUUUCUCCUGACACCCAUUAUUAGUGGUCUCUAGUGUUUUAGAUUAAUUCAGCCAGCCUUAGAGGAAGGGUGAAGAACACUUUUCAGGCCAAGGCCCCCAUUUCCCCCAAGCUGAAAGCUGUUCAGAGGUGCACUCCAAAAGCUCAAGACCGACACAGUCAGACUCCCACUUUCCUGCAGCGCAGCCAAGAAGCUAGAAUGGUCUCCUUAGCAGCAGGCAGUGGGGUUGAGAAGAAGUUAAAGGUUGGCAGGCCAGUUGGGAACACUAGGGGGCAGAUUAAUUCCACCACUGCCAGGUUCCCCUCCCUGCCUGAGAAGGAAAGAGAACUGGGAUCAAGUUACAACAGUUUCUAGUUUGAGGCAUCAGAUUAAUUUCCCCCAGCUUAUAGACCACCACUACCCCCAAAUCAUAAGAAUUUGUUUUGUAAAAAAGAAAAUUUCCUUUUCUAGGAAAAUAAAGAUUGGAACGCAUUGAUUCAGGAUGCUCAGAAAAGAGGCUGCAUCAUCAAGACCACCUCCAAAACCAUGUACAACAGUAUUCCUUGCUAUGCAACUGGUGCCAAGAUGAUCCUGAAGCCCAUGUCAGUCCAGCAGAGACUGCCGAGAGCCACAAUUGGGCAGGUGACCACGGUGGCCACAUCGGAUGAAGCUCCUGCACAACAUCCCCAGCCAUCAUCUUCUGGUGCUCCUGCUCCUGCUCCUGCUCCAGGAAGCAAUAGAGAAUCUCCUGUACAAGCCCAGCCGAGUCCGGUGGUACCCAGAUUUGGGCAGGUGACCAUGGCGGCCCUGAUGAAUGAAGUCCCUGUACAACAUCCCCAGCCAUCAUCUUCUGGUGCUCCUGCUCCAAGUGGGGCACCUCUGAUGACAGCAUCUGGGCACUCCAGUUCCUCAAACCCACAGGCUACAUCUCAGAAUAGGCCAAGAGAUCCGCGGCUGGCCAAGAGGGCAGAGGAAGGAGUCAGAAGGAGCCCCACUGAGAGCCAUAGCCCCACAGAUCCCAAGCGACAGAAGACAACAGAGUAG